UAUUCCAGCGCCGUUUCCCGCUGCUUCCCGCUGCUAUCCCGUUGUUAGAUAUCCCGUAGACUGUCCCCGGGACAGGUGAGGCUGCUGAUCCCUUAUUUUCAAAUCUGAAAGUUGACAGCUAUGUGAUGAUCUGUGAGAUGCAUUGCAAUUUUUUUAAAAAGUAGUGAUUAUUUCCAAAUUCACAUCUAUACAUACAACUCAGCACAUGCAUAUUUUACGUCCUUUUAAAGUGCCUUAGUAGUCACCUAUAACAAAGUGGGGGGCGUACAACAGGCCUCAGUAGAGCGGGCCUGACCCUGGCACGACGGGCGGCAGCGCGCAUCUCCCCCCCCUCCACGGCCCCCUCGCCUCGCACUUCGCAGUCCUCGCCAGUAGGAUGCGCCACGAGCGCAGUAUCCUUUUCCCUCCAUUCAAGCUCGCCGAGGCUGCUGCGCCUCACCUUCCCGGGGCUCGGCGGCGGCGGCGGCGGCUCUGCCUCUUGCGCGCUCCCUUCUCCUUUGAUCCCUCCGGCGACCCACAUUGCCGGAGCUCCGCCGCAGCUCGCUCCAGGGAGGGAAGCUUCGCCAGCUUGCCUGGCGGCGCGAUGGGACUGUGAGAGAGCCUACGGCGAGGAGGUAAGCCAGCCAGCCAGCCAGCCAGCCAGGGGUGGGCAGGGCAGGGCAGGCUUUCCUAACCACAGCACCCCACCUCCGGUCCUCAGUGCAACUCUCUGCAAAAUCUAGAGCCUCGCCGCCAUCCCGCUUCCUCCCCCACUGCAACCCCUUGCAAAUUUUUUGCAUUGCUCCCAGUGCUGCAUAAAUACGCUUGCUUGCAUUUAUUUAUUUUUUUGCAUUGCUCCCAGUGCUGCAUAGAUACCCUUGCAUGCAUGCAUGCAUGCUUUGCCUGGGCGGCGCGAUUUGACCCCGCAUCCUUCGCUUUGGGGUUGGCGGGGGCAGCGGCUGCUGCUGCUGCUGCUCUUUGCAAAAGCCUCGAGUCGCCUAGCGACCAGCAAUCAAUUAAUCAUGGCGAGCGGCGCGAGCUCCCGGGGCGCCGCGCUCGCCCUGCACCCAAGUCCGCCAUCUGCACCAGCCGAGCCGAGCAGAUGGGCGGAGAGGAGGGAGCAGUUGGCGUGGCCGAGUCGCGGCUAUUGAUCGUGGCUUCUGGCAUCCAGGCUGGUGGUGGGGUCUGUUUUCAUUGAUGGUUCCUGGUUCAUUUGCCGGCGAGGCGCGCUGGGUGUUACUAUCUGGCAAGCUGCAAAAUACUCCUGGCGUUUCCUUUCAGUUGAGGCGGGGCAGGCGAAGAAGGUAAGCAUUAGUGGGGGGGGGGGGGAGAGGGGAGUUGCUUUCUUUGCAUGCUUUUAUUUUAUCAUUGGCCGGUUAACAGGGCAUUAAAGAGGGACAGUGCAAUGCCUUCUUUGCUGGGAGUGGAAUUAAAAAGCCCCUUUUGCCUUCUGAGUUGGCGCGUGGCAAGAGCGUGCCUUUGGUGUGGCUUAGAUUCACCCCUGUCCAUUCAUUCGGCCUCAGGCUGCAGUCCUAUGCAAGCUUACAUGCGAGUAAGCCCGCUUGAGAUCCAUGGGCCUUGUUUGGAUGUAGGGUUGUGUAGCAUCGCUCUGGGGGCCUUUGCCGCUUGGUUCCAGUGGGCCUCCAAGUGGCUUGCGGAACAAUUAACAGUAUGAUUUUAAAAAUCGCCUUAAAACCCGAAUGAAAUAAGGGGGGGGGGGAUGUAGGAGUUUUAACCUGCCUAUUUUUUAAAAAAACUGCAGAACACCAAAAAGCAAAAUAGCAAAGCAAUAAGGGAGGACAAUUUCAAGUGGUGCAGGAAUGGUGGUUGGUUUUAGCUUCAGCAGGGGAGACCCCCAAUAAUUCAUGGCUGGCUCCAGAGGAUUUAUGUUUUUCCCUCCCCCACCCCCACCCCGCUCCACUUUCCUGCUUAGCCCCCACCCACAGGUAUAGUCUCUGGAGCAAAAUCUAACUUGGGAAUGGUGUGUGCUCUCAGCUUAAAAGUGACUUCAGGAGAGGUCUCCUUGGAAGUAAGUGGUGGUGCAGCCCCCAAUCCCAUCCGCACACUUUCUUGGAAGUGAGUCCCGCUAUGUCCAGUGCAGCCUCCUCCUUCGUAAGGUUGCCUGAUAACUGCAGCCCAGUCCUGUGCAUGUCUACUCAGAAGCAAGUCCCCCUUUGCUCAUGUGACUUACUUCCCUGUAAGUGUGAGCAGGAUUGCAGCCUGGAUCUGAGUCCCAUCCACCCCAGAAGUUAAUGUGGCUUAAGUUGGUAUGGAAACCUGUAGUUUUACAAUGGUUCGUAGAUCACUCAGUGAUUCCUUUGGUUGCGUGGUCAGGGAUGUCUUUGACUCAGGACCACAGAGAUGCUAUAGCAUCCUUGCUCCCAAGGCAGUAAUUGAACAAUAAGGUAAAUAAAGCCCACCACAUUUGCUCAGCAAAGGGUUGAAAAACAAAAAGCAGGAUCUGGGCUGGUAUCCCAGGUGCCUUGCUCUGCAGUGUGUGUUUGUAUGUCGUCCUGAUGGCUUGACAAGCUCUCAGCACAAGUGGAGCAGCCAAUAUGGUGGGAAGCAGGUAACAAAAGCUGCUGUAAGGAGGAAGCAACACCUGAUUGCUUCUCAUUUGGAUUAGAGCAACAUACAAUAUGAGGUGAUCUAGGAAGAGGUUUUGGUCCUGAGAGGGAGAAGGGGACCUGUAUGAGCAGGAUACAGAAAUUUCUGUUUUCACAGGCAGCGCCUCCAACCUGUUAGGAAUUAGGUUUUGCAGUGGGGAAUCAUUAGGGUGGCUAAGCUUGUUGCAGCUCUAGAUAACACAGUCUUGCCAGCCUGUAUCGUCCCUUUAAAAUAGGUUAGUGAAGGUGGGGGAACCUAUAAAGACUGACACCAUGAUAGUUGCUGGAUCCUUUUUUAUUGUUGGUCACCCAUCUCCAUUUCUCACAACAAAGGGAGACUUUCUUUUAUAAAAGGUGGUUGAAAAAAUUCACCUGCACGCUUAAAUAUAUCCUUGUUUGCUGCUUGUUUUUGUAAUUGGUAUUUGCAAAAUUAUUGAAUCAUAUAAGUUUAUGGCCUCAAAGACUUUGCUUUGCUUGUUUUGUGUGUGUGUGUGUGUGCACAGGUCCAUCCUCCCCUCCCCCAAAUAGAUUUGCAUGCACAGGACAUUUCACUUGUCUUUUGUUAGUUUAUGAUACAGCUAAAUGGAAUAUAUAUUCAGAGUGGCUGCAGUGUCACUUAGCUAUGGCCUGAUUCCAUCAGAAGCAAAAAUCUGCUGCUUGCAAUAAAUAUAUGAGCAGUGUCUCCUGCCUCCUUCUCAUUCUAUUACGCAGUGAUAAAUAACUCCUGUCGUGUAAGCAACACUACAGGAAGAUGAAAUCUCCUAGCCUGAUAACCUUUUAAUGUUUCAAGAGUAAAUUUCUGAAGCUGUGAUCAGCUUAAAUCUCCAAACUAUGUGGUGUUUUCCCCCUCAUGUUAUAGCUUUGUAUACUUACAUGGUGCUGAAAAUACAACUUUGCACGUUUUUAAAUCGAAACACAUUCUGCAACUUCUUUGACCUGUGGUUUCCUAUUUUACUUCGUUUCUAUAAAACUCUGCAUCCAGAUUGGUUGUAAACCUUUUGCGUUUGUUUGUAAUCGUAUUUCAGAAACCUGCAUUUGUUUGUUGCCCACUUGAUGGUAAUAACUGCAAACAUACCCUUUUGCAGAAAAUAUUCUGGAAGCAUGCUGUGAGGGUUGCGUUGAUGGGGGCUAGAUUGCUAGCCACACAGUCUAGAAUGUCAUCAAAGGAUUUUGACAUUUUAAUGUGUGUUUAAUUUAGCUUAGGCAGUCAUCAGGCUCUAUAGGAUAAAAGCUGCAUUAAAUAAUGAUGCACCCAACUAAAGUAUUCCUCUGAGCUGUAAUGUCUGUUGAAUGACAAAAUAUAUUUUCUAUGUUGCCUUUGCCUGGGGAUCCUAACCUAUUGGUGCUGGCAGAUCUAAUAGAACUAGGCAGCUAAGCCACAUUCCUGUUACAAAACGCCAAGGUGGUGCUACAUAGGCUGAUUAUACUUUCCUUUUCAUUUACACACACACACACACACAUUGCUGGUGAUAGUCCCAGCAGUGGGAGUGUGAAUAUACACAUAACUCCAGAUGGUAGCUGAUGUCUUAAAACAGGUAAUCUCAAAUCUGCUUCUUGGCGUCGUUCCUGCUUUUUGCAGAGCCAUGAGUUGUUAGUGAGCAUAGCAAGUAGCUUUGCUUGCUGUGUAUAUAAUAUAUAGACCCUGCAGCACACUUAGCUUGCCAAGUGCUCGAGUAAGCCUGUAGAUUAGAGGCCGGAACUGCAUAUUUGGUGGUGGAAUCUGGGUCUCUUGUCAACAGGUUGGUGAUGGAUUGGCGAUGGGGAAUGAUUUUCCGGAGGGAAGCAGUGGGAGGGAAGCUCAGCACCGAACUGGAGUUCCAGAGAUUUGUUUUGCCAGAACAGGGUCCACUUCCCUCAGGUGAUAUAAAGGGGAUAUCGGAAGUGAUUUAAGAGCAGGUGUGGCAUAGUGGCAAAAUCCAGGUUUAAACCCCCACUCGACCAUCAAGAUCACUAGCUGACCCUGGAUUAAGCUGCGGUUGUUCCUCUGGUGGUGGGUUUAGAUCGGGCAAAGAGAUAUCCCUCUGCCCAGCCCUGCUAGGCCUCCACUGGCAGAGCUCGUCAUUCCACCUGCCAAAGGUGCAGGUGAGUGCAGUUGCUGCUUGCAGCAUUCCUGUCAGCAGUAGCUUGCAGCAAGGCCUGGGAGGAGAAGGCAUUCUUGGGAGGGAUUGAGUCAAGUUGGGGGCGCUGGCCCUGCUGCCAUCAUGUCACAGCAUUGGGCCCUAUCACUGUGCCAGGCUGGCACAGCGGUUUGCCUACUCCCACUCUUGCGCUGUGGUUGGAUGCGGGUGGCGCUGUGGUCUAAACCACUGAGCCUCUUGAGCUUGCUGAUCAGAAGGCUGGCGGUUCGAAUCCCCACGACGGGGUGAGCUCCCGUUGCUCUGUCCCAGCUCCUGCCAACCUAGCAGUUCGCAAGCAUACCAGAGCAAGCAGAUAAAUAGGUACCACUGCGGCAGGAACGUAAACAGAGUUUCCGUGCCCUUUGGUUUCCGUCACAGUGUUCCGUUGUCCCAGAAGCAGGUUAGUCAUGUUGGCCACAUGACCCAGAAAGCUGUCUGUGGACAAAUGCUGGCUCCCUUGGCCUGAAAGUGAGAUGAGGCACCACAACCCCAAAGUCACCUUUGACUGGACUUAACCGUCCAGGGGUCCUUUACCUUUACCUUUUACCUGCCAUGUGUGGCUGCACUGUGGAGGAAGCAGUGGCUCUGCCACUCCCUUAAGAUGCGUCGCUACCCAGCCAGGGUUUGGGUUGCAGUGCCAGUUGCUAUCUCUCAGCCUAACUUACAUCGCAGUGUUGUUGUGAAAAUAAAAUGGGGCAAACCAUAUGUGUCAGGAGCGGGUGUAUUGUUUUGGUGAAGGGCCACAUUCCAUCAGGCAGAAUCUGCCCAGGACCAAAUAACUGAUGGAGCCCAGAGAGAGUGGAGCCUGUCCUCCUUUUUCUGUCUUGUUGCCACCUCCUUUUCCCUCUCCAUCUCUUUUUUUACACACCCGGCAUCAUAGAAUCAUAGAAUCAUAGAGUUGGAAGAGACCACAAGGGCCAUCGAGUCCAACCCCCUGCCAAGCAGGAAACACCAUCAGAGCACUCCUGACAUAUGGUUGUCAAGCCUCUGCUUAAAGACCUCCAAAGAAGGAGACUCCACCACACUCCUUGGCAGCAAAUUCCACUGUCGAACAGCUCUUACUGUCAGGAAGUUCUUCCUAAUGUUUAGGUGGAAUCUUCUUUCUUGUAGUUUGGAUCCAUUGCUCCGUGUCCGCUUCUCUGGAGCAGCAGAAAACAACCUUUCUCCCUCCUCUAUGUGACAUCCUUUUAUAUAUUUGAACAUGGCUAUCAUAUCACCCCUUAACCUCCUCUUCUCCAGGCUAAACAUGCCCAGCUCCUUAGCCGUUCCUCAUAAGGCAUCAUUUCCAGGCCUUUGACCAUUUUGGUUGCCCUCCUCUGGACACGUUCCAGUUUGUCAAUGUCCUUCUUGAACUGUGGUGCCCAGAACUGGACACAGUACUCCAGGUGAGGUCUGACCAGAGCAGAAUACAGUGGCACUAUUACUUCCCUUGAUCUAGAUGCUAUACUCCUAUUGAUGCAGCCCAGAAUUGCAUUGGCUUUUUUAGCUGCCGCGUCAUCUCCCCACCCCCCUUUCACAAAAUGAAAUAGAGGGCCACCUGCGGCCCACUCUGUACAUACUGUCUAGAACUCCCUGGAGGGAAAGGUGGGCUUGUAACAUAGAUACAAAUAAAUUGUGUGUCUUUGUUAGAGGAAUCCCCAAAUGUCAAGGGUAAUAUUUAUUUCAUUCUGGAAAGCACCUGCCCCAGAUUGAAGUGAGAAAUGUGCAGUGUGAGUCUUUGUAGGCUGGCUGGUUCUGAUUGCCUCUGAAAUUCAGGCCAACGUCAGAGGCAAGCCCCAGCACCUUCUCUGAGGCGGCGUUAGUGGUGGUUGCAAAUUUUGGCCAGAUACAAAGACCAGCCAAAAGCUGUGCAUCCCUGUUCCUGUAUUCCCAGUGAUUUGUGGUGCUACCUGUUCCGUAUCCCAGUGCUAGCUCCUUAUCUGCAAAGCCCACAGCACUCACUCUGGUUUCUUAAAAAUUAGCUGUCGUAACAGAAGAGUCAUUGUAAGGGUAGAGGGCUGGACCAGGAUGUGGGAGACCAGGGUUCAAAUUCCACCCUCAAGCUGCGUGCUCUCUCUCAGCUCUGCCUCACCUACCUCUCAGGGUCAUUGUGGGAAGGGAAAAACAUGUAUGCCUCCUUGAGCAUCUUGGAGGAAAGGUGUGGUAUAAACACCAUGACAAAAUAAAAGCUUUGUAAGUUUUCCACUGGCUGUCUUUCAGACGCCAGCAGUCUGUAGUGAAACAGACGCUGCUAAAUAAUUAAUGCUUUCUACCGAAGGAGCUCAGCAAUGAACGAGAGCCGUCACCCCUUGAGUUGAGAUACCAUCAUUGUGGCUCACUUUACCAACUUACUGUAGCCUGAGUUUUGCGGUCCUGGACACCGCGCGCCAGAUUUCGCAGAACAUCAACACAAGCCCUGAAGGAGGAUUUUCUUGGACUCUGCUGCUUCUGCCAUUUCCUCUUCUUUUUGGAGUAUGUGUUGAGGAGCGUUGCCAUUUAACAGCUGUAUAGGAAGAACUUCCAUGAGAAGUUCACAGGUUUUGGGUAGCCACUAUUUGUUGUCGUUAUAAUAAUAAUAAUAACCAUUUAUUAUUUAUACCCCGCCUAUCUGGCUGGGUUUCCCCAGCCACUCUGGGCGGCUUCCAGCAGAAUAUUAAAAUACAAUAAUCUAUUAACCAUUAAAAGUUUCCCUCAUUAGCCUUGUUCCUUCCCUGAGUGCUGACGGAGAACUUGGGGAAGGGUCUCAUCUCUGGCUUGGUGCUGUGCUUUGGGGGCCCUUGGAAUGCUCUUUAAUACACAGCAUGAUACAUACACAGCGGGUGGUGAUGUGGGUUAAACCACAGAGCCUAGGGCUUGCCGAUCAGAAGGUCGGUGGUUCGAAUCCCCGCGACGGGGUGAGCUCCUGUUGCUUGGUCCCAGCUCCUGCCAACCUAGCAGUUCGAAAGCAUGUCAAAGUGCAAGUAGAUAAAUAGGUGCCACUCUGGCGGGAAGGUAAACGGCGUUUCCGUGCGCUGCUCUGGUUCGCCAGAAGCGGCUUAGUCAUGCUGGCCACAUGACCCGGAAGCUGUACGCCGGCUCCAUCGGCCAAUAAAGUGAGAUGAGCGCCACAGACCUAGAGUCAUCUGCGAAUGGACCUAAUGGUCGGGGGUCCAUUUACCUUUACCUUAUGAAGUCUGGAUCUACAUUAAAAGUAGCAUCAUGUCUCUUUAAAAAACCAUGGUGAAAGGGUCCUGGGAACUACAGUUCGUUGAGAGUGCUGACAGAUGUUGGGAAACUCGUAUUCCCCUCAGAGAGCUAUGGUUUGCAGAGGGUGCUAACAGCCAAUCCCUUUCAUGAAAUUGUGUGAAUUAUGGCUCUGUGAGGGGAAUAGGUAGUACGGGUGCCAAACUCGAAUCAACUGGGAUGGCCAAAUUUCUCGCCCACAAGUUGUCCACGAGUUUUAAAGGGCGCGGGGGGGGGGGGGCUUAUUUAUCUAUUUUUUUCACUUGCACAGCAAUUCAUUCUGCUUUGUAUUGUUUCUGGUUAUCAAGUAAUUGGAAGGAUAUUGACACUGAGAAAAUAAUUACAGCUAGCCCUGAAGAUAGUUCAGUCAUUCGUGUGGAAGAAGUGCUGUGAGCUGCACUGGAAUCUAGGAAAGAGUUUGAUAAGGCCCUUGAGCUUAAUCUUUCAUGCCCCUCUGCUCUGUAACAAACUAGAUACUGUAAUGGCAGUCAUUGGAUGAAUAGGUCUCUCUGUCAUGUGUGUUCACUUCAUAUUGUUUUUAAAUUCAGCUGACAUUUUUUUUGGUAUUGGUUUAAACCGUGUUUUAGCUGUUUUGCUUGAUUUUGUACCUUGAGACAUGUGUGGAAGGCAGUUAAUAAAUAAUAUUGAGGUCGGGGAGAACUGUGGCUCAGUGAUAGAGCUGGAAGUCUUGAGUUCGAGUCCUGGCCACUCCAAGUUGGGCUGGGAAAAUAUUGUGUCUGAAAACUCAGAAAAUAAAUACAAAGGGGUGGGAGAGCAGGAAAAAACAAACCCCGGAAGGGCCAUCUGACAUCUCUCAUUGGGGGGGGGGCUUAAAAAGACCACCUCCUUGUGUGGCGGGGGCAGGGACCACUCUGCACCAGCUUCGGACAGGUGGAGAUGGUUGUGUGUGGCCGUUCUGGCCUUGUAUGAUCUUGCUUCUACAUGCGAUAGCCGGGAACGCAACCCCUGUGUCUGAGGAGAUCUACCUGUAUAUGUGUAAAGGCAUCACGGUACAAACAUUUGUAUACAUGGACUUUAUGAGGAAGAGGGUUGGUGACUCCUUGCCACAGUUCAUCACUUGGUCCUGUUUUGUUCAACCCAGGAGGCCCAAGCAGGGCUUUUCUUGUCUCUUAGGAACGGGCAGAAUAAAAUGUGAUCAGGUCAAUAAUGCCUACAACUCAUUCCAGGAGCUGCUAUUAAUUUCCUUCUGACAUCUCUUUGAUCAGAAAACAGGAAGACAGAUGUCUCUGUUUGUUGGCUCUGAAUUCUGUUGAUUUAAUUGCAAACAAAGCCAAGGAAUUCAGCUGCAAAUUAUUUUUUUUAAAUAAGCAGCAAUAAAAUAAAAUCCCACAUUACUUCUGUUGACAAACACUCUUGAAAAUGCACAUCAGGAAGCAGAAUGACUCAAUUUACACCUUACCUUUCCUUGCUGUUUUUUUUUUCUGUUUUCAUCUUUUAUCUUCCUCUAGAUCUCCCCCUCUUUAGCAUAUUUUUUAACCUUGCAUUUUUUAAAAAACACGCCCCCUCCUAGUUAAGCAUCUUGCCAGGAUGAAGGAUCUGCUCUUUUCUUGAUUGCGCCAAAAGGACCUCUUUUAGCUUCCUCCUUGUGCUUUGGCAGAGGUUGAAUUGUCCUACCAUGAUGCAACAGAGGCAGGAUUCAUCUCUGAAGCAGUUGUGUGAGUGUACAUUGGAGGCACAUUUUGUAUUUUAAAAAUACAUCUGGACCUACGGUGUGCUGCCAGUGAAUGGUGCCUUAACCCACUGCCUGCCACAUCCAUCUUCAUUCUGAUUUCUGCCAGAGUCACCUCCUCGGCUUCCAGCCACACAGUAAACCCAAUGCUUUCAUCUCUCCUUCUCUGGCAUCAGGUGCCAUUUUGAAACUAUUUUGGGUGGGGGGAGGCACUUAAGGAGCUUCGAGGGGCAUCACUGGAAAAGUGAUGUUUGGAAUCCUAAGUUGCUGGAAACCACAGGAGGGGGAGAGUGCUCUUGCGUUCGAAUCCUGCUUGCUGGUUUCUCACAGGCAACUGGUCAGCCACUGUGAGAACAGAAUGCCGGACUAGAUGGGUCAUUGGCCUGAUCCAGCAGGCUCCUCUUACGUUUUUAUGCUGAGGUAAAAGAAAGUGUCAGGACACCUUUGGUCCCCCAGGUGUUUCUGAACUGCAACUCCCAUCGGCCUUAACAAACAUGGCCGAUGAUCCAGGAUGAUGGGAGUUUUAGGUUAGCAGCACCUGGAGGUUUCGAACACAUGUGGUAAAGUACUUAAACAUACCUUCCACUGCCACUUUUAAUUCUCACCUUCCAGAGCUGCUUUUCCUUGUCUUAAACAUAAUCUAGAAGUGUCAGAAUCAGGGGUUAACAAACUUUUUCAGCAGGGGGCCGGUCCACUGUCCCUCAGACCUUGUGGGGGGCUGGACUGUAUUUUUUUGGGGGGGGAAUGAAUGAAUUCCUAUGUCCCACAAAUAACCCAGAUAUGCAUUUUAAAUAAAAAACACACAUUCUACUCAUGUAAAAACACGCUGAUUCCUGGACUGUCCGCAGGCCAGAUUGGGAAGGUGAUUGGGGCGGAUACCGCCCCUUGGCCUUAGUUUUCCUACCCAUGGUCAGGAUGGUAAUGCUAGACUAGGCCACAGGUGAAACCACCAGUCCAUGCCACAUAACAAGCUUUUGAAACAGCUUCUGUGUGGCUCCUGGUCAUGUAUGUUCAUCCGAAGAGUUGGUCCUGAUGAAUGUGCCUUUGCUGGUGGUGCCUGCAAAGCCCCUUUCAUCCACACCCCCAGCUUUACCUGCCCCUCACCUGACGUCAUAUAUGAUGCUGGGAUCUGGGGCAGGUGGGCGUGGCUGGACUGGAACAGUCUUGCAGGCCAAAUGGGGAGGCUGGUGGACCAAAUUCGGGCCAGGCAUUCCCCACCCCAAUUUAAGGAUUUAAAGGUAAAGACAUUAGUACUAUAAAUUGGGCCCCUGAAAAUGCACCAGCAACCAGGGCAAGUGGUUUGAUAUUAGGGUAAGCUGUUCCUACUGCCUCACCCCUACAAGCGUCAAGGUGAUGGCAUUUUGCACCUUUUCAGUUCUUUAGUUGGAGAAACGCACAGCAAGUUUCGAAUGGCUGUGAAUUUCGGAGGAUUGCCUUGUUUUGGUUCUCGUACCGUUCCAGAAACUGCGAAUUUGAUCCAUUUGGCAAACUAAAUUGAAUCGCACCCCCAGACUCUAACUAUUGGCCAUGCAGGAUGAGGUAAACACAGCAGCUUCUGGAGGGCAUCAAGUUGGGGAAGGCUGCUUCAGACCAAAGGCCAAACCUAUUUAACCUUUCACCCUGCCAAGUAAUUGCAAAUCACAUUCCGGGCACUUAAAGAAUUGGAUGGCUGGCUCAAUCAGGGAUGUCUGCAGAUGCUGAGUAAAUCUAUGGAACCAGCUGUUAAUUAGACUGCGUGUCUGAAGAGAGCAAAAGUGAGCACUGAUGUACAUGGUUGUUCUCAACUUAAGGUCGCUGUCAAAUUAGGGAAUAGGGGAAGGCAGCUUUCCCUCUUGUUUUUGCCUUUCCUUUUUUGCUUUUCUACCCCUCUCCCCACCUCCUGUCUUGGUACAACAUAAGGAACAUCAAAGGCGUCUUCGGGGAGUGUUAGAAGCCAAGCUUGCCUGCCAAGGCAUUAAUGAAAUCAGUUUGCUGUUAGCCAUUCUUUCUCUUCUCCUCCUCGUUGUCCUCAAGCAGGUGCCACUGCUGUCAGUAGUAAUUGCAGCUAAAUUCAGGGACAGCAGCAGGAACCAGGCAGUCAAAAGCAAUCUUGAUGAAAGAGGCUUUCGCCGGCUGGGGCUCGCGUAGUUUUGCAGCGAGCACUCAUGAUAUCCAACAGGAAAGUUGCUUUUGAGUGCUUUCCCUUUUAGCAGGUGACAUUAUAAUUUAUUCACAGAUCUUUCUGAAAGAAGAAGAAAGGGGAGAGAUCAGUAGGCAGGAUAAAAGGAUUGCAUUCAAACGAAAACAAAAACCUCACUGCCUCUCUGGGUUGUAUGGUACAAUUGGCCAUGUUUUUAUCCCAAGCGUGCUCAAAAUGUUGGGAAGGAAGGUCAGUAGACAUGGGUGCAUGUCUGCCCUUUUACAGUCUUUUCAAGUGCAGAAUCCUUAGUGACUGAGUGUCAUACCAUGAUGUGGUCGCAUAACAGUGGACCUAAGCAUCCCUCCCCAACAGGUGAACUGAAAUUUUAAUACUUUCCUGAUAGCUCCAAAACGCCUUUGCAUGAUGAAAUGUCCCCCUGUGCUAAAAAUACUGGAUUUGGUUGGAACCACAUUCAUGCUAUUCCCAGCUGCUUCACAGUUAGGGAGAGGCAGAACUUCUUGAUUCUGCUGCAUAAAGUUUUGGAAGAGCCCCAAACUAAUCCAUCACAAGUGCUUUUGGAGUUAGGCCAGGAAAUGGAGCCCCAUUGGAUCUGGGGGUUUAGCCCAGCAGAAAAACUUUCUGUUCCCCUAAAUGCAAACUGUGUCUGGGAGGAAAGUCUACCUGCUUCUUUUUUCUAACAAAGAUUUGCAGUUCAUCAAUUUGAAGUUCUGUUUGGAUUUCCAGUUACUUUUGUGCCUACGCCACUGUAACAUAUGUACACGCCCUCUCUGAAAGCAGUCGUGAAUAAAAACUUUUACUAGCAUCUUCCAAAUAGCAGCAGGGAGUUCCACAAUUGUGGGGUGCAACAAAGAAGGCAAAACCCCUAUUGCUCUUAAGUCACUGACAAUGUUCACCUGGAUGUUACUCAGAUAGUCUUUGCAUGUAAGUCGCACACAUUGAGUUACAUCCAAAGUAGUGCUAAGUCGCAAGUCACUUAAUGGUAUACUUUGUUCUGUUGUGAUGAAAUGUUUUGCACCAGCAGCACAUCAUGUGGCAGAAUGGAUAAACCGGUUGCUGGCAAUUCCGUUGCACGACAGAUUGGACAAUCUCUUGUGCAACGGUUUUCUGCUAGCACAGCCAUUGCCUCGGAUCCCUGUUUUGCACAUCGUUAAAAUUCACCCGCCCUCCCGCUAGCGCAGAAGUCCUUGUGCCAGUGUACAGAGAGCAUAGGAUGCAGCUCACAGAUCUCCCUUUUGAUAUUUCCUACUUUGACAUUCUGUUAGAAUGAGACUAAAAAAAGGAAUGCAUAGCAACAUAAAUUAUAACAUCAAGAAAGCCCGAAGGAAACUCUUGCUCCAAUACGGAGAGGAAAUGGUGAAGCUGUUCAGUGUCAUUUAUUUCACGACACGAACAGAUUCACCUUUCCCUCAUUGGCAGGCUUCCUUAUAAGAGAAGUUCUCUGACUUACAAGAUGUGCACUACAAGUCCUGCCCUCAGAAACUCCAUAGUAGGGACCCAGAUAAUCUCAAAUCAGAACCUCAUAAUGAUGAUACAGUUUGGGAUAAAAGUUGCACCUUUUCCCCAAGUACCUCUGAAUUAUUUACAGACGUUAGUUACAUGCACACUAUCAAAGAUAGUCCCCUCACAAAGCUACAAUUCCCAGGCUGGUUUAGCAGUCAGCCUGCUUCCCUGAGAACUCUGGGAAUUUUAGCUCUGUGAGGGGACUAGGCAUCUCCUAAUAUUAGUGCCCUUAACAAGCUAUAGUUCCCAGGAUUCUUUGAGGGAAGCCAUGACUGUUUAGUAAAAUACCGCUUUAAAUUUAGGGUACGGGUUGGGCCAUUGUCUAACCUCCUUAUGAACAGAUCAGGUUGAAUGCUCAAUAAACGAGUUUGUCUGAAGCACCCACAAUAAACUUUAAAUAGAUAAAACAAACAACAGGUUAAUUCAGUGGCGGCAGCAAGCAAACAUUUUGUCACCUUUCACCUGGCUGCCUACUUACUUUAUUUUAUUUUAUUUUAUUUUAUUUGAAGCAAUAUGUAAUUCAAUGCUUGGUUGACCCAUUGUCAUUUUUUUUAAAAAAAAAGUAUAUAUUUGCUUGCUUGGAUCGGAUCUGUGUAGCAGUGUCACAAGAACUAGCCAACUUUUUCUCAUUUAAACUGUAACACUCAGGAAAACAAAGCCAUUUUACAGUUUGUUUUUACCUUCUCCUGAACGAGAAAGGGAUUCAUUUAACAUGGAUGUGUUGAGGGUCACCCAUUCUACUCUGCAAAUGCUGAAUCUGACCUCGAGGGCUUAGAUGUAUCAUUUGAAAAGACCACCCAACUAGACUUGGGCCCUGUUUACUUCUCUUACCAAACGUGUUCAACUUGCUUUCACAGCAUAUUUAACUUCUGGAGAAAACAUUGCUUGUGAUCAGCUGAGGACAGUUCCCGAAAGUGAAAGAACUGAAGAACAAAAACACCAAAAUGAAGCACUUCCUGAGGUAACACUCCCAUAUUUUUGCUUGCAUAGUAAUUAUCUUACUCUGUCUAUUAUAGAGCCAAGGUAAUAUUUCUGCAUCGAGAAUAGCUCCCAUCUUGUGAUCGGUUGAAAGUAUAAAUGGUCUCAUUGUCUGUGCACGGUACUGACAGACCAAUUUCACCGGCUGUCCUGCCUAGCACUUCCUUAACUGCCCUCAGUAGGCAUUGGUUGUUCAGCCUUUCAAAGCUGAUUGGCAGCCUUAAGGACUGGGAGCAUGAAAACUCAGAACAGAAGUCUCUAGAGUCAAAUGGAAAAUGUGCCAUUUUGUGUGUGUGUGUGUUUUAGGGACUGUUGCUAAUUAGGAUGAAAAUGUGCAGCCGUUGAAAAAACAUUGCCCUGGAUAGUUUUUUGUUUGACCUUGGAGACAUCAUCUCAUGCACUUUGUGAUUCAUGAUAGACAGGAUGGAUGUGAACAGCCUGGGAAGAAUUGCUCUCAUUCUAAACUAGUUUUGUUUUCCAUUGGUGAUACCAUCAUGUAGCCAAAUUCAAUUGGCUAUACAACAUUAUGACAUCAUAAUGACCACAUCCCCCAUUACAGAGCAAGGUGGUCUUUAAGAGCUUCUGAGGGAUGGGUGUCUACUGGUUAUUCCAUGGCCAGCAGAUUGUCACUUGCUGACAAUGCAAAAACAGGCCUUCUUGGUGAUAGCACCCACCAUCUGAAAUGCCCUCCAUUGGGUAAUUUGUGAGUUGAAGAGAAUAAUGACCUCUAUAUGCCUCCUAAAAAUUUAUGUGCUUAUCCAAGCUUCUCUUGACUCUUAAUUUUUAAUUUUUGUUUUGUUUCGUACCGCUCUGAGGUGGGUUGUGGGUUUUUUUUGCACUUGUGUUUUGUUUCUAUUUUUUUGGAAACUUUCUUGAAUGCUGUUGCAUUGUUGUUUUCGUAUAAACCUCUUCGAGAUUUUUCAUUAAAUUAAGAUGUAUGAAGGGCUGUAUCAUUUGAAAACAGACAUGCUGAAAGUACUUUUAUUACUCAUGAAAAAUCUUUAAAUAAAAACAUAAAAAGAUGUAUGAGCCAUUUAAUAAAUAAAUUAAUAAAUUAGAUUAUCACUGAUUGCUUGUGGCUAGCUCUAGAAGGAAGCCCCAACCAGGUUUUGAAAAUGAUGUUGAUGCAGCAGCUGGGAAAAUAACGGCACUGAACUUUCACACAUUUAAAAGGCGAUUGGGGACAUAUUUUUGCCCAUUCCUUUAAAAGCACUACAGAAAACAGAAAAACCCUGAAAGGAAGGUUUCUCUGGAUGUUUGAUGGAAACAUGUUGACAGGUGUCCAUUCACCCAGCUGUCCGGAAGCAGGUCUUCCCUGGCCGCCUUGCAAGCAAGGCACUGAGAAGUACAGUGGUGCCUCACAAGACGAAAAGAAUCCGUUCUGUGAGUCUCUUCGUCUAGCGGUUUUUUCGUCUUGCGAAGCAAGCCCAUUGACGGGUUAGUGGAUUAGCGCUUUUAGCGGCUUAGCGGAUAAGCAGCUUAGCGGCUUAGAAAAAGGGGGGGGGAGGAAAAAAAACCCGCAGGAACUCGCAAGACAUUUUCGUCUUGCGAAGCAAGCCCAUAGGAGAUUCGUUUUGCGAAGCACCUCCAAAACGGAAAACUCUUUCGUCUAGCGAGUUUUCCGUCUUGCGAGGCAUUCGUCUUGCGGGGCACCACUGUACACAGGGUAAGGUCUGCUUUGCACCACUCCUUGAAGAAAAGAAAUAGCAGGAGACGCUAGUCAUUGCUUAUCUUCUCCAAGCUGCAAUAGGGAUGAGAGCAGAUCUUCCGCUCUCCCAGUCCCAAGUCUCUUGGCACUUGCAGUUGGCGGUGGCAACCACAGAUAAUGGCUGGCGGGUAAGCCAAGUCAUCAUUUGUGGACCUCCUCCAGAUGGUACCCUUCAUAAGCUUUGUUCUGCAAGAAUUAAGCGCCUACGUUAAUAGCAGACUGAGAGAGUUGCCCACUUUGCUGGUGUAAAUAAUCCUGAUGUACAUGGAUCAGUGGUCUGAUUCUGCAUGAGACAGCUUCCUUUGUUCUUCCUAAGCAGGCGUGGGAUCACGCUCUGGCAGUUCUUCUAUAAUUUUUGAAUGUAUGUUUGAUAACACCUUGUGCGCGGUUUUUGUCUUUGACUAGGGUAAUGGCGGGGUUUUUUAGUUAUCAGUAUUUUUAGGAGCUAAUUUGAAACAGUAAGCAGUUGAUUUUGAGCCAUAUAGAAAGAUCUGAGGAGUUCCUAAGCUAAAUCUCAGUAAGGCAUGUAGCAGCUUGUAGAUCUCUAUGGACCAGUCUCCCAGGCGCUCUCCAUGGUGCUGCUUGGCUGUUCAUCUGCCUGAGUUAUAAACUGUUAUGCAGACAUACAUAGGAGAUAUUGCUGGUUCGGCACCAGACCAUCUCAAUCAAACGAAUAUCACAAUACAGCAAGUCCCACUUCUUGUUUGUUUGUUUCCUAGCGCGUAUAAAAGUUUUGUUUACACUAUACCGUAGUCUUAUUGCCUGAAGGAGCGUCUCCACCCCCAUCGUUCUAACCGGAUGCUGAAGUCCAGGUCCAAGGGCCUUCUGGUGGUUCCCUCACAGCGAGAAGUAAGGUUACAGGGAAUCAGGCUGAGGGCCUUCUCGGUAGUGGUGCCCACCCUGUGGAACGCCCUCCCAUUAGUUGUCAAGGAAGAAACAACUAUCUGACUUUUAGAAGAUAAUCUGAAGGCAGCCCUGUUUAGGAAAGUUUUUAAUGUUUGAUGUUUUAUCAUGCUUUUAAUAUUCUGUUGGGAGCCACCCAGAGUGGCUGGGGAGGCCUGGCCAGAUGGGUGGGGUAUAAGUAAUAAAUUAUUAUUAUUAACAUUAUUAUUAUUAUUAUUAUUAUUAUUAUUAGGCCAGGCCUCGCUGGCUGCAGGAACUGGAGGGGAGAAGCCCAGCUCCAGGCCUAGCCAGCUCCAUUUGCAUGAUGAGAAGAGGGUAUGACUGCACAUGUUCUUGAUUAUGGUCUCAUCCACACCAUAUAUUUAAAGUACAUCGUUUCCCCCAAAGAAUCCUAGGAACCGUAGUUUGUUAAGGAUGCUGGAGGUUGUAGCUCUGUGAGGAAUAAACUACAGUUUCCAAGUGUGGAUAUGACCUCUUUACUUGGGUAGACCAAAGUAAAGAGAAUUUGGGGGUGGCGGCUGAGUAUAAAAACAUCAAAGGGUCCUUUGGCACCUUAAAGACACACAAAUUGAUUUUGUACAAGCUUCCAUGGAUUACAGUCCACUUCAGCAGAUGCAUGAGGUGUUAUCCUGAGUUGCAGUUUCUUGGUUCUGAGAGGCAGGGAGAUGACAUUGUAAACUGUGAGGUUAGUAGGAAAAGGGAUGCAGAAAAGCAAAGGUGAUGGUGGUUAUGACUUGAAAAGUCGUUGAUAAAAUGUUGAUAACACAGACACCCCAGUAAUUGGUAAGCCAAUUAGCACAUGUUGUGUGGUUAAUGAGUGAUAAUACAUAAACAAGCAGAUUGCAUUUAAAUGGGGUUAAAUCCUUCACACAGGUAAUGGAAAAGGUGAGUUUCACUGACUUCAGUCAAAAUUGUGUGUGGUUGUUGCCUGACUGUGUGUGUGUAUGCAAAAAGUAUAUUUGCCCUUCUUUUUGGUCCAGAGACAUUCAGAGAGGAUUACAACUAAAAGCCAUAAAUAAAAGCCAUAAUUGGUAACUUUUUUUAAAGCAACAUAAAAUAUUAUGUGUAACAGCAUUUGUGCUAUGGGGGCAACUCCUGGAAACAUUGUGCGCUGCAGUGGGAUGUUUGGAGCCUGCAAGUAUGACAGAACAGGAUUUUAUCAGCAACGUUUUCUAAAAGAGAACAGACUGAGGUAAUUUGUAGUUCUCACUCUGUGUAUGUAACUGUGCCUUAUUUGUUUAGUUAAACAGUCUAUAUACUGUUUAGCACCUCAAGUCUCUAAACAGUGCAGAGUGAGGUUAAGAAGAUGCAGUAAAGAUAAAAACAGUGGAAAGUGAAAACAGUUAAAAAUAACUGCAAGAUCAGAAAACUUAAUUAAAAGGGCUGCUGAUUUAUUUAUUUUUAAUGACUUCACCAGGCACUGGAAGUUCAGCAGAGAGGGAGCUAUUCUGAUUUCAGCCCGGAGGGAGUUCCACAGAAUUAGGCCCACAAUACUGAACACAUUGCUCCUGGUGGAUAUGAACCAGGCAUCCAAGCCACAGGGGACCCCUGACUCCCCUGAAGACCUCCGUGAUCAUGUGGGGAUAUGCGGAUUAAGGUGUAAUGAACCAAGUUGUUGAUGGCCUUGCAAAUUAAUCAAAGAACUGUGAACCUGGCCAAGUAGCCUAUGGGAAAUUAGUACAAGCUUUUAGGCCAACUGAGUUAUGUGCUGGCUCUACUCCAUCCCCACCAACUGUGUGUGUGAGAGAAAGAAGAACUUAUUAUGACUACAGUCGUACCUUGGAUCCUGAACACCUUGCGAGUCGAACGUUUUGGCUCCCGUACGCCGCAAACCCGGAAGUGAGUGUUCCGGUUUGCAAACGUUCUUUGGAACCCAGACGUCCAACAGGGCUUCCGUGGCUUCCAAUUGGCUGCAGGAGCUUCCUGCAGCCAGUCGGAAGCCGUGCAUUGGUUUCCGAAUGUUUUGGAAGUCAAGCAGACUUCCGGAACGGAUUCUGUUUGACUUCUGAGGUACCACAGUAUAUUCAGGUAUAGCUUCCUUCCAAUAAAUCUGUUCUGAACGAGUGAUGACCCAGAACUCCAUAUGGCUGAUCAUGCAAUACUAGUUACACAAGCACUAUUUGGUGUGUGUUUUGCUGCUGUUUUUAGACUUUAUUUUCCUUGCUCUUGGAAAGAGGAUGAGGAUAGUCUCCAUCUCUGCAUGAUAGACAGAGCCAUGGGAUAAAGCCAUCUUGGAGCUGGAGUUCCUGGCUGCUGCUCCGACUGGCCUUGGUUGUUGUCCUGGCAACAGUGCUUUCGCUGGCCUUCCUGGUUCAUGCAGAGGUCUAGUUAGGACUCUGCCGCAGAUCUAGGCUUGACUAGUUUCUGCUGUCUCCAUUCCCCUCCCUCUGUUGUAUUUUACUACAGCCUGCAAGAGGGACUCUGGAGGCUUCUUUUAUUCAUUAUUCAUUUCAACAUUUCCUUCUUUGCUCUUCAGCUAAAAAAAGGCUCCCAGAGUAAUUUACAGAUCACUUUUUUUUUUUUAAGGCAGUCUGUUCCCAUAGGCUAACCAGCUUAAUAAGACACCACGCAAAAGUAAAAUGGAUUGGGAGGAAAGAUGAGAAUAAGCCAAGUCUUAGGGCUUUUCCACACUUCGUCUCCCCUCUUCAGAGCUGAGUUGGAGCAAACAGCCAUUCGGGUUUUCCCCAGAUUGACAUUUGCUCUGAUUUAGAACUAAAGAGCAGGUUUUCCAUGGGAAAGGAGCAGGGGGAAACUAGAGCACCUGGGACAAGUGGAACUAUGAAACAGCCCUUAGUUACAAGUUCUUCCAAUGGCCAGCUUGAGGUGGAAGCAAUUUGAUAAGAGGGGAUGCCAAAAAUUGCUGGUCUCUUGGUGGUAUGGAUCUCUUCCUCCAAUCUGGUGGAAUGGCUGUGACCAGUUGAUGGAAGGAGGAGUCUGGCUUCUCAGCACAGCGAGAAGCUUCAGCAUCCCUUUUCUUCCCUCCUCUGCUGUAGCAUCAUGGAAUCUUGCUCUGUGGUGGAAAUAAGGCAGCCACCUUCAAUUUUGUUUGCCAAACACAUUUUUAUCCUCCUCCUUGUCUCAGGACACUAGGAUGGGAAAACAUGAGGUAAGGAAAUACAGAUAAAGAGGUAGAGAUUAUUAUUAUUAUUAUUAUUAUUAUUAUUAUUAUUAUUUAUUACUUAUACCACGCCCAUCUGGCCAGGCCUCCCCAGCCACUCUGGGCGGCUUCCAACAGGAUAUUAAAAACACAAUAAAAGAUGAAACUUUAAAAACUCCCCUAAACAGGGCUGCCUUCAGAUGUCUUCUAAAAGUCAGAUAGUUGUUUAUUUCCUUAACAUCUGAUGGGAGGGCGGGCGCCACUACUGAGAAGGCCCUCACAGUGAGGGAACCGCCAGAAGGCCCUCAGAGCUGGACCUCAGUGUCCGGACCGAAUGAUGGGGGUGGAGAGGCUCCUUCAGGUAUACUGGGCCCAAGGCCAAUAAAGUAGGAAAGUGAGAGAGGCUGAGAGGCAAGCUAGUCAGUGAUGUUCAGGUAAAGCAGGGAUGGGAAGGAAGUCUUUGAGCCUCCAGAUGUUUCUGAACUACAACUCUCACCAACCCCAGCAAGUAUUGCCAAUGGGCAUGGAUGAUGGGAGUUGUUGUUCCGCAACAUUUGGAGGGACAGAAGUUCCUCACCUCUGCUCCAUAAAGAGAAAAGUCAAGUAAACCUCUUUUUCUAGUAAUGUUUACUAGAUGCUGAUGGGGCCUUUCCUUCCACAAAGGUAUGUCCGCAGGUGGUGGGUUUGCAUUCCUGCCUUCUACCCACAUAUACAGCCUCACACAUGAAUCUGGCAUACUCAGAUAUGCUCAUUUGAGUGUGUUUUUUGUUAGACGGAAGGAUUGUGGGAAUGGACUUGGCAUGCAGGUUGUGCUGUUAGUCAUCCUGAGGCUUAUGUUAACAUACAUGAUUUCAGAGUGCCCAAAACAGGUUUCUUCUCUUAGAAUCUGCUAUGACUGUUGAUUGUGGCAUUUCUGAAAACCUGCGUUGCACGUUGCCAAGCACUUUUUUUGGUGCCUGCUGAUCUCUCUAUGUAUGUAGCAGCUCUCAUAUGUAGUCUGCUCACAUCUAGAGAAAUAAAUCAUUGAGGCAGCUGCAUCAUGAGGACGAUCUGCAGAGUAUGUAAUGUUUUUGAACGACUUUGCUCUGCUAUGAACUCCGGUUGCCAUAGUGCCUUUCCAUAUCUAAACAGAUGGAUAAACAGAAAAAUCACUCAUCUCUGUAUCUGAGAAUCUGGCUACUACUUAGUACAAUAUUGAGGGAAACAAAGAAACAUGCAGAAGGAGGUCAUCUGAGAAAGGUAGUCUGUUCGUCAUAAUACCCAGGGCAGGUUUUUAGCAGACUCCUUCACUGACAAUCUUAUAUAAAGCUGUAAAAGCCAUUGGAUCUGGUCAUAUCUGCAUAUUCAUUUACUCUGAAAUUUAUAAGAGGUUUCUGAAAGCAGGGAAGCUCCUGCUUUCUAUCUGAAGCAUAAAUGAAGCUAAUCGGAGUGUCAUAAUGAAUGUGUGCGGUUCAGCAAACUUUAUUACACCAGUCCUUAGCAGCGAAAAUGAUCGCCUUCUCUGUCACUUCCUGUUUAAGCCUAAAGCUUGGCUUUCCUAGAGCUGUGUUCAUAAUGUCUGUGGGUGGAUGAAAGAGUUGUGUCAAGGCAUGUUAUAUGUUGUGAGCCAUUCCUUCACCUUUAUAUUUUGACAGCCCAAAUCUGUGCGAGAGACAGCAGCAAGGGACCCAACAAACUGUGGACUUUGUUCACACAGCUGCCAUCGCUUGGAAGAGUAGUGGCUCAAUCUCUUGGGGCAAGAAGAAGCUAUACAACCGAUUUGUGUGAAAGGGGUGUACGGGAGUGUUAGCGGAGGGGUAGUACCUCUGGUAGGGGACACAUCCUUCUGGGGUUGUUUGUCCACCUUUGGUCCCCACCCUGCACUCACCUCUCACCUGUGGCUCCUAGAAAAGGCAUAGGCAAACUCCAGUCCUCCAGAUAUUUGGGACUACAAUUCCCAUCCCUAGCUAACAGGACCAGUAGUCAGGGAUGAUGGGAAUUGUAGUCCCAAACAUCUGGAGGACUGGAGUUUGCCUAUGCCUGUCCUAGAAGCUGUCAGCAUGUGACAGCAGCCACACCCUGGGAACGGCUUCAACUGGCUGGCCAAACUUGGUGAGGGUAGCCAAUGGGUCUCAAAUGUGAGUUAAGGACUUCCCCUGCAUGCAAAGACAGGCUCUGACAGAUUAAGACCAAUAGUGGGUCCAACGGUCAAGAAGGUGGUUUGUGCACAUGCUGUAGAGGGAACUGAGGGGCAGAUGGGGCUCAUCAGCCUGGGAAAGUAGCUCAUCUAGGAGAAGGAAAACUCUGAUCCUAAACCUCUUCUGCCUUGUGGGAUAUCUUAGGGAAAAGGCUAACGAUGAAACCCUACAGAAGUGGUCCCUAAGUGGAGUCCCUAAGAUGGUUGGAUGGCGUCUUGUACACCUCCUUCCAGCAAUUUCUGCAGCCAAGCUGAGUUUGUGCUGGAGAGGGAAAGUGCUGGGUCAAGGGCUGACCCACUUUCUAAUUUCUUAAAAAUAUUAAGUCCUCUUUCUGAAAACGCCGUGCCAUGUUAAAACGCUUCUUCUUUUCUUUUCUUUUAAAAAAGGCAUUAAUUUGUGAUCUUAGUGGAAUUAGGAAAGUCAGCUCAUCUUAAAGUGUAAUCCAUUUCAUGAAUAGUGUGCUUUCAUUGCAGGAUUUCUACAAGCAAGAAUUAUUUUUUAUAAAACAAAACAAAAGAUUCCAUACUUUUAACUCUCCAUUCUUGUUCCUAAAGAAGAUCUCCAAUGUCAUAAGUUUAAGAUGGACGAGUAGUGUGUCAUUUAAAGGUACCCACCAAAUGAAUAUUAUCUUACUUUAGAUAUCUGGCUAUAAUAUAGUGCUUUCUAAGUAGUAUCCACUGUGAGCUGUGUUCUGUAAUAGCUUUUUUGUGCUGCAGAAACAAUGUGAUAUAUCUUACUGGCUCCACUUUGACUGAUGUUGGUACUUAAGAUAAGCUGAUCGGACAAUGCAGGCUCCCAGAUAUGGCAUCUGGGCCGCUGUUCUUCUUCUCCACUUCUGCUCUGCCAUGGUUUGGCUUAGCAUAUUAUCUGAACCUGGUUUAUCUCCUCUUGACAAACUAUGAGCCUACAGACUUUGGCUACAGCUCGUGGUUUGUGUAAAGCAAGACAGACCAUGAACCUGAGUUUGAAUAUGCUACACCAAACCCAUGGCUCAGUUCAAAGCAGCAAAGCAGGGGUUCAGGCCAGCUCCUUUCAGGGUUUGGGUGCAUGGAGAGUUCCAUAUGAUGAACUCUGUCAGGCAACUGAACCAAGCAGGAUUGAACUCACACAUCAACUCAUGUGCUGGGAGUUCAGUCCUGCUAUCUACAGGAGAAGCAGUCACAUCUCUACCUGCCCCAUGCCUGGUGCCAAACGGGAAGUCCUGAUGGGCCAAAUAUGGACUGCAGGCCAGAGGUUACCCAGCCUUGGACCAGGUGUCCAGUGUACCUCCAUCAUCUGCCACCAUCUGCAGGCAGGACUGGGUGCUGUGCAGGCCAAGUUGUAGGCCAUCAGGAGUAGAAUCGACAUAGGGUGGUUGCGUGUAUUGUGUACUAUGCUGCUCCUUGUUGGUUUAAGAACAGUUCCUGUUUGGUGGCUCUCUUGGCUUCAACUGAAACUACAUCAAGUGUGCAGUUUGGACAAGGUCCUUGACAUUCCCUGAGGGGCACCAUUUUCUUCUGCCAAAAUGCAUUCCAGACCCUACGGAGUGAAGCUUUUGAUUAGAAGCUCUAAUGAACUUGCAUCCAAACCAACUUAGCAUUCCUGUCCUUCAGCCCUUUUCACAUAGACUAGUCCUUUUCUGAACCUCACACGUUCUUGCCGUUUUCCAGCGCACUCUGUCUCUCAUCAUCCAUUCUCAUUUCUCAACAUUCCACUCCCUCUACUUAACCUUCUCUCAGAACAGGUUUAUACUGAGCAUGUGCGGGCCACGCUCUUAUGAAAUCCCGUUGACUAUCAUUAGCCUCGGCAAUGGCUUUUUAAUAAAAGCUGCAAAAUGUUUACGCUUUGUUUGAGAAAAGCACGUUCCAGGUGUUCCUGUUGACAUAUCACAGCAACUCAUUUCUGCAGACACACCAUACAAAUGGAGAAAUGUUUUCGGGAAAAGCCACCCCAAACACACACUUCCUGUCCAUCUGCAGAAGUCUCUCACCAAACAGUUGUUUAGAAUAAGUCAUUUCUUAUCCUUUCUACCCUAAGUUCAGGACUGAUCACCCUCAAACUUACCUCUCAUGCAGUGCCAAAUUUCAAAUCGGCCCAUUGAACCAUUUUCUAACUAUAAACAGUAGUACCUCCUCCUGCCCCCCACCCCUGUUUCUUAUAGCUGUGGGAAGUGAAUCACCCUAGAUGUACAACUGCAGCAGCAUGCCUUUUGUCUGAGAAUGGCUAGCAGGCUCUCGCUUACUAAGAGGAACCUUAAUUCUUUUGUUUUUGAACAACCUUACUCCUGACAGUAGGCCCCAGUAGUAUGGUGUGUAUGUUAGAAAUCUUCUUAAAGAUAACUUUGAAUAAUGGAACUCUUACAGGGGGACUUUGCUUCACCUCAGGAGCUUGCCUUGAGUUCUCACUCUAAGGAUUCUUUUGACAGAAUGCUUGUCCAGGUUUGCCUGUACUUCUAUUGCAAAUGCUUAUGGCGCUGCCUGAAAUUCGUGGUGAGGAAACUGACGGGACGCUGCGAGUUGCAAAGGAUCUGCUACAGCACAAAGCCUGGCGCUGGCAGAACUAUGAAAAUCGGUAAGUGGUUUUGAAACCAUUGCUCUGGUAUUUAAUGUUGUUCUGUGUCGUAAUUGCUGUGUGUAUGAGAGAGAGAGAUUACCCUGCAGUAUAGCUUUAAAAUUAGCUUAGGUCUCAACUGUAUUUUAAACUGUAGCCUCAAGCAGAAUGUCAACAUACCCAGUCAAUUGCAAACACAUUUUACGUUACUGAACCAAUAUAGCUUGCCGUUUCGUUUGUAUCAGUAUGAGAACCUUCUUCACUAUUUGUGGGGAUUUGGCUUCACAUUUUUAUAACUGCAUAAGAAAAGAGGAAAGUUGGGAAGGAGAGAAUUACAAAGGUUUGUGAUAGUAUUUUCAUUGUUGGCUGUGUUGUUGAAGAUGCAAAAAGUCUAAUAGAAGUUAAAGUUUUAAAAAUGUUUUCUUGACAGAAUCGUCAUUGAGAAGUUCAAAAAACAAGGUAAGUAAAUGUUUGUAUUUUUGUCUCCAUGUUUGGCCGAUUGUAUUAGCAGCUUACACAGGCUUACAAGCAAGAAAACCUCCUUGCCAACAUACGAAGCCACAUUAGGCCAUUCAUGCAGCCUUGCAUUUAACUACUUGGCUGGUUGGCAGAGGCAACUAGGAGUAACUUGCAGGCGAGUGCAUUGAAUUCCAUCUAGGCAAGUGAGCAGGCUGGGGGAGGAGGAGCUGGUAUUUAUAUUGUUCCCUCCUUUACCAACCUGCUUGGCUUCCAUGCGGGCUGCAGAGUGCUCAACAAGACCCAAAGUCAGCUGGUUGUCAGGUCUUGAGAAGCCCCUUUCAAAACUCUUAUCAUGCACAGCACUCUGAAAGCGACUAAGCAACACUCAACCACCAACUGAUUGUUGGGUCUUGCUAAGCCCUAUUCAAAGCGCUGUCUGUGAGCGUCAUUGAGAGACUAAUUGGCAGAAUGUUUUGUAUGCUGAAAAGUGCUUUAAAAUUCAGGAGAACAUUAGUCAGUCUUUAUCCAAGCAUAUGUUAGCGAGGUAUCAUACAGAUUAAUCUACUCAGAUUUUAAGACCAUCAAGGAAUAUUGCUAAGCUUUGUACCCCAGUUUCUAAGAUGCCAGGCAUUUUGCAACUUUCCACAUUUUUCCUCCCAACACCCUUUUGAGUUAGAACACUGCUCAGGCCGGGAGACAACUUUGUAUCUUUCAUAUUUUAAUGCAGACAUAAAAUUUGCAUUUUCCGAACCAGUAUUUGAACCAAACACAACUCUCCUUCAAAACGCAUACCUCUCCAAAUUUGCAAUGCAGGCCCAAAAAUGCUUUGAGUAGUUAAAGCAAUGUACAAAAAUGCAUUCUUUCAUGGGAAAAUUGUGGGAAGGCAAUAAUGCAUGCCAAUUUCCAAGCAGACUUUUAUUUUGUAAAAAAUUUACAAACAUGAGUAAACCUACUUAAGACUGCAGAAAUGAGAAUUGGAAGGAAACGGAAAUGGAAAGAUUGACUUUUCUCUACAACUCUCUACUUACCUCAUUCAGCAGAUGGAAGGAGAGACUGAGGAACCGUGACCUGUCCAAGGCACUUAUUGAGCUGGUGCCAAUUUACUUAUUAAUUUGGUUUAUUUCAUGAGAUUUAUACACCCCUCAAUUGUAAAAACAAACAAACAAACCUCAGUGCAGUUUGCGGAAAAUAGACUUGGUGGGGGAGGGAUGAAUUGUACGUAUUGAUACAGUUGACCAUGUUCAGUAUGAGGCAUGCAUAAAAAGAAGCCUAGAUCUGUGGCGUCACCACUGCUGGAGGGCACCACAUUGGCUGUGAUACUUCUCACAAAGUUGCAUUCUGUUGUUCCUGUAGUGCUUCACUUCCUAUGGCAGUGACCAAUGUGCGUUAAAAAUUUUUUUUCCAGUUGCUCCAGAAUUCAGUCAGUGUUCAUCCAGAUGCUAUUGAAAAAACUAUAGAUGCCAUCAUGGAACUGAAGAGGAUUAACCCAGAUGUAAAUCCGCAGUAAGUUCGUGUGAAUGGAGUGGGAUGGCAAAAGUUACUUAGUGUGCUUAAAUGAUUGUGUGCUUCAUCUCUUUGGGGGGGGGGUCUGUCUUCCCACAUAAGUUCACAGUAUUGUGUGCUUUGAUUCUUUAGUUGUGCCCGCUGAUGAUCACAGGUGACUUUUGGUCUUGUUUCAUUUUCUGUCUGUUCAGCCCUUUCAUGUCUAUUGUACAACUAGAUAUGGAGGCAAAGCACCACCUGUAACAACCACAUUAUUAAUCAAGACGUUGCACCUUCUUGAACCAUGGCUUGUUAAAGGUGGAAAUGAACCAGUAUGUAAACGUAUAUACACACAGGCCAGACACAGACACUGACACCCAGAUUUCUGACCAUGAUUUAGUCACCUGACCCACAUCAUCCCAAGUUUCCAGCAUAUAUCCAUGAUAUGAUGCUGUGGUCUAAACCACUGAGCUUCUUGGGCUUGCUGAUCGGAAGGUCAGCGGUUCGAAUCCCCGCAACGGGGUGAGCUCCCAUUGCUUUGUCCCAGCUCCUGCCAACCUAGCCGUUCGAAAGCAUGCCAGUGCAAGUAGAUAAAUAGGUACCACUGUGGCAGGAAGGUAAACGGUGUUUCCAUGCACUCUGGCACUCGUCAUGGUCCUCCGUGCGCCAGUAGCAGUUUAGUCAUGCUGGCCACAUGACUCGGAAAACUGUCUGUGGACAAACACUGACUCCCUCAGCCUGAAAGCAAGAUGAGCACUGCAACCCCAUAGUUGCUUUGACUGGACUGACUCCUACAUUAUGUGAAGAAAAGUGCGCUCUGCACAUGCUCAGAAGCAUUUUCCUCAUCAUUAAACUAUUAGUGUUUAUCUUCCCUAGAAUUAAGGAUCCAGGCUUCUAGAGCAUAUGGUGUGGGGGUUUUUUCCACAUAGACCUGAGCCACAACUGUGGGGCAGCAUGUCCCCUUUCCUCACACAAAAAUCCACACCAGGUUUUCCAUUGCCACUUGGUAGAGAGCAAAUCAGGUCUGCUGGAAGUGAAGGCUUAUGGGAGAGCAGCAAAGAGCAAAGUUGUCAAAGGGAGCUUUGAAAAUGAUGUGACCUUGGGGGAAGCGAUGUCAUUAGUCUCUUUGGCUUUUCUCCCUGCCGUGGGCAUCACCUGUGGCAAAGCUUCUCGGCUGUCAGUGCAGGCAGCGCAACAUAGGUUCAGAAUUGCUGUUCCAUUGCCUCAAUGAGCAUGCCUUUUCACAUUCAUGAAUGGCGGAAAGGAUAAAAGUGUAGCUCCACGCUGAGGUAAUGUCAAUCAUGCAAAGCUAAAUUACUGAGCGAGGUGUUCUUACCGUUUGUCAUCUUUUCACUCUAGGCUAGGUGUCUCUCUGCAGGCCUGCCUCCUACAGAUUGUAGGGUACAGGAAUUUGAUUGCAGAGGUGGAAAAACUGCGUAGAGAGCCCUAUGAUUCUGAGGAUCCCCAGCAUGAAGAAAUGCUUCUGAAGGUAAGCUGUGGAAGUGCACUUCCAAAGAGCUCUUUACAUUCCGAGAGACUGUUAACUGAAACCAGUCUCCGCAAAAGGCUUGACCGCACAAUUGUCUGUACUGAGAACAGCUUGUUACCUCCAAUUUAUUUAUUAGCAUUAUCUAGGCUAAGCGUAGAGGGACGUGGGUGGCUCUGUGGGUUAAACCACAGAGCCUAGGACUUGCCAAUCAGAAGGUCGGCGGUUCGAAUCCCCACAACGGGGUGAGAUUCCGUUGCUCGGUCCCUGCUCCUGCCAACCUAGCAGUUUGAAAGCACACAGUGCAAGUAGAUAAAUAGGUACUGCUUCAGCGGGAAGGUAAACGGCGUUUCCGUGUGCUGCUCUGGUUUGCCAGAAGUGGCUUAGUCAUGCUGGCCACAUGACCCGGAAGCUGUAUGCCGGUUCCCUCAGCCAAUAAAGUGAGAUGAGCGCCGCAACCCCAGAGUCAGUCACGACUAGACCUAAUGGUCAGGGGUCACUUUACCUUUUAGGCUAAGCAUGGGUAACCUUUUUCUUUUGUUGAGGGCCACAUUCCCUCUAAAUUAAUCUGCCAGGGGACAUAUGCCCUUGGGUAGAUUCCGAGACAAAAAUGUUCUGGAGAAGCUAACUCAGAAUAAAGACUCUCCUGUUCAGAAUAUCGGCUCAUUUCUGUGUUUACCUCUCUCCUCUCCUGCUUCUGAUUCUGCACUUCUCUCUGCCACAGACUCCCCCCACUCACUAAGCCCUGUGACCUCUUCGGCUUCCGAUAUCUCUUCCUGGUCUCCUCCCUCUGACCACUUACCAUCACACCACCACCAAUCCCCUGGCCCUGGGCCUUCUUCCCUUGGGGGGUUCCCCAGUUGUUGUUUCCUCCUCCUCCCCCCUCCUCUGCAUCCAACCAGUCCAUGACACAGAUGCACCUCACCCAAGGCAGGUGUUUCAUAAAUGGGGAGUUACCACCGAGAUGGCCCUGCCACAGGUCAGGGCCAGCUGUGCAGCCUCCAGGGGGUGGCAUCACCAACAAGGCUUCUCCUGAUGAGCCCACAUGCCAGUGUUGGGAAGGCAAAACAGGGCAGAGCAACAAAUAUAAAUUUUUACCUUGACACAUUUGGCUAGUUUCUGCGCACACUCUCACACCCCUCUCUAUGCUCCAUCCAGACAAACAAAGGCCUUAUCAAGGACACUUUCCACUCAUGCAAAAUCAUAGUGGGUGUGAAGCAGGGACAAUGAGCAUGUGGCCUGGAGACAGACUUCGGAGGGCCGGAUUUGGUUCCCUUGUCCCAGGUUCCCUACAUCUCCCGUAGGGGAUGUGCGGGUAAAAUGAUGCAGGCUGUCUGAGACCUGCUAUCAGGUUUUCUGAUACAGCAGUACCUCGGGUUAAAUACUUAAUUCGUUCCGGAGGUCCGUUCUUAACCUGAAACUGUACUUAACCUGAAGCACCACUUUAGCUAAUGGGGCCUCCUGCUGCUGCGCCGCUGGAGCCCGAUUUAUUUUCUCAUCCUGAAGCAAAGUUCUUAACCCGAGGUACUAUUUCUGGGUUAGCGGAGUCUGUAACCUGAAGCGUAUGUAACCUGAGGUACCACUGUACUGUUUACUUUUAAAACAUCCAUAGGGAAGAGGAGUGUUGGAGGAUGAAGGUGUUAAUCUUUCUUUUCCUCAGAAUGAGGGAAUGACAGGAAUGAAAAGCUGCAGCGGAGGGCCAAAGGAGAGGGGAAAGUAUUGGGGUUUGGGUGUCCUGUCAGCAGAGAGUGUUUGGCCAGAGGUGGUAAGGGGGGCAGUUAAUGGGGGACAGUAGUAGCUCGACGGAGGUGACAAGCAUCACAAGCAGGGGCACAGUCCCUAAUGAAAAAUAAUAGUAAAGAAUAAGCUUUAAAUAUUAUUAAUAUUACUAAUACUAAAUAUUACUAAGGUCACCCCUUCAUUUCUUGCUUCACAUCUCUUAGGGCAGCAUGAAUUUUUACUUGGGUGUAGGGCUGUGAAGCUGAGGGGCCCUGAAUCUGCUCUCCUUCCUGAAAGCACUUGUAUAUGUCUCUUUUAUUUCCUUGUUUGUUUGUGCCCUUGUGAAAUUGGCUUAAAGGGGGGGGGGGGAGGAUCUCUCAAGCCUUGGAGAAUCAAGAAGGCUAAUCGCCUUAGUGAUUUGCAACCAAAUAAACUUGAGGGUUCCUCCCCGCCCCCACUUAUGCAGAGGCAGUGAAUAUACCCAGUGAGCCCUUAUCUAUGUUUUUACACCAUUUCUACAUUAGGCCAAAAUAUGGGGGGGGGUGUUGGGUUUUUCCAGUAGGCAGUAUUUCAAAUGUCUGCUAUGUCUAAGGAAUACUUCUUCCUCAGUCUGUAUUUGCUCCAGGCUCUUCCAAAUGCUGUGCAUAACAAUGAAGGCAAAAUCCCAUAGAGAACUACUAGUUUCAGAAAUGUCAAUCCAUUGAAGGUCUGAGUUGUAACAUACCUGUGAUUUUUCCCUCCCCCUCCUGUAGCUAUGGAAAUGCUUGAAACCUGAUUUCCCAUUGGAAGCCCGGAUUUCCAAGCAGUGGUGUGAAAUUGGUUUCCAAGGCGAUGAUCCUAAAACAGAUUUCAGAGGAAUGGGCCUCCUGGGGCUGUAUAACUUAUUGUAAGUAUAUUUCUGUUUCUCUUAAAGUUUGAACCUAAAGGUAUAAAUUAUCCUCCUGCUUAUAUGUUUCAGGCUUUAUUAAGGCAAUUGUCAUUCUAGAUAGCUUGUAGGUUCCUACCACAGUUGCUGCAAUUUUUCAUCCCUCUUGAUGAGAAGUAAUUUCUUUUUCUUUUCUAGGAACAAUUUAUUUCACAUUCUCCACAACCCAGUUGUAUCCAGUGCUUCAUAAGCAGACAUUCUGCAUGCCCAGCAAUUGGGCUUUCCACCUCCUCAUGGGUGGCGCUGUGGUCUAAACCACAGAGCCUAGGGCUUGCCGAUCAGAAGGUUGGUGGUUCAAAUCCCUUCGACGGGGUGAGCUCCCGUUUCUUGGUCCCUGCUCCUGGCAACCUAGCAGUUCGAAAGCACGUCAAAGUGCAAGUAGAUAAAUAGGUACUGCUUCAGCGGGAAGGUAAACAGCGUUUCCGUGCGCUGCUCUGGUUCGCCAGAAGCGGCUUCGUCAUGCUGGCCAUAUGACCUGGAAGCUGUACGCCGGCUCCCUCAGCCAAUCAAGCAAGAUGAGCGCCGCAACCCCAGAGUCGGUCACGACUGGACCUAAUGGUCAGGGGUCCCUUUAUCCUUACCUUUCUCCUCACCCAUCCCAAAAUCUGUUCCAGAGAUUCCCCCAAUUCUGUAUAUUUAAAGACAAUAUUCUUGGAGGCAUCCAGUUUUUAAGAAAGCAGUUCAAUUUCUGUCUCUCAUCACUCUGGUUUUCUCUCUCUCUCGCAUAGCUGGUUAAUUUUGCCAUUGAUCUGUAUCCCCCCCAUAAUUUCUCAAACAAAUGCGCUCACUGAUGGAGCUUUUCCUUGUCCCUAGCAUGCGUGAAUGCAUUUAUUUAGAUCAUUUUUAAUAGGAGUCUAUUGCACACAUUGCAGUAUGUAAGAUAAAGAGUGUAGCAGCACAUGGCAGCUUCACAGCCACAGAAAGAAGACUGACUGUCUUGCUUAAGUGUACAGAUUACAUAUUCUUUAUUAUUGUUCAUGGACCCAAACAGAACAAAACCAACAUCUGUACAGGUAGAAUAUCAUAGCAUACAAGAUACCUGAAAGUGGGUUGUAAAACAUAAAUGACAUAAAAUGUCAGGAAUAUCUGAAACAUGUUUAAAGUAAGAUGUACAAUAUGAUGACUUAAAAUAUAGAAGUUAAGAGUCAGUUGAAAAGCUCACCCCCCCAAAAAAAACAUGUUUGCCAAACCUGGUUCAUACGGUACAUUUUAAAUGUACAAACCGGGUAUCUGCAUAUAGUUUGAGGAAAUGUACCUACAGAUGUUUAGAGCUAUGUUGUAAAACUCCGAAAUGUGUUUUUCUCCUCCAGAUAUUUUGCUGAAUGUGAUGCUGCUGCAGCUCAGCAAAUCCUCUCUGACUCCCUUCAACCAAAAUACAGGUAACAUUUUGAAGCUGGAAAUAGCAGCCACCUCGAAUAAAUAAAUCCUAUUUGUAAUAAUUCUGCAUCUCUUUUACUGUUAACAUAAAACAUUGUCUGUGUUUCUCGAACUGUUACUUAAGAUUAGAGAGAUAAAAUGCCUCAUUUCCAUGUGUUCUACAGUCUGAUUUUACUGUUAAGUACAUAAAAUUUAAUCCAAGUUUAUAUUGAUUUUUAAGCUAUUUAUUUUUCCUUUCCCUUUCGCCCCCAUCUUUCACAAUGAAGGGAAGUCACUAAAGAGGAGCUAAGGUAUUUUUUUUCCCUUUUGCCUUUUAUAAUCCUUUCAAAUUAAGUUUUGAAGCAGAAAAAUAUAUAUUCUAGGACAGCCUUUGCCAACCUGGUGCCCUCCAGAUGUUUCAGACUUCCAUCAGCCCUAGCCAGAGCAUGCUGAUGUGUGGGCUAUGUAGAAAAAAGGCCCCAUUGAUUCCAGAAUAUAAUAAUGUCUAUGCAGAGCCUUAGCGGGGAGACAAGGCAAAGUGGGAAAGGGCAAAGACUUUCUCUCUGCUUUCCACCCGAAGACUAGAUCAGGCAUAGGCAAACUCCGGCCCUCCAGAUGUUUGGGACUACAAUUCCCAUCAUCCCUGACCACUGGUCCUGUUAGCUGGGGAUGAUGGGAAUUGUAGUCCCAAACAUCUGGAGGGCCAGAGUUUCCCUAUGCCUGGACUAGAUAUAUCAGAAUUAAGUUACAGGAGGGUAGAUCUCGUCUGAGCACUGGGUGAAACCUUUGCACAUUAAGAGCAAUAUGACAACUGGACCAAUGAGGUAGAGGGGUGGUGGGCUUUUCCUUCCUGGGGGUCUUCAAGCAGAGGCAAGGACAGCCACCUCUUAAGGAUAUAUCUGUGGAAUUCCUGCAUCAGGCAGAGGGUUGAACCAGUUGACCUCCUGGACCACCUCCAUCUCUACCAGCAACCAAUAGGUUGUCCUCCUCCUUAUAGGACCGUGACAUAUUUUUCACACAUGGGACACUUCAAAGUACCUUUCUGACCGGCUGACCUUACUGUGAAAAAGGGAGAACACAUGAUCAAAGCAUAAUUGAAUCUCUGGAUGUCACUGUUGCAAAGCGCUGCAAUGGCCACACGCUUAGAUGGUUUCAAAACAGGGUAAGGUCACAUCAUGGAGGAUAAAAGCUAGCAAUAGCUAUUAGUAGUCACAGUGGCCCAAUAGAACCUUCAGGUUGGCCUUUCUUUUUCAAUUGCUGGUGAACAGUAGCGAGAAAGGACUAUAAGGGCCAUGCAGCCGGCUGAGAUGUGUGCAUUCUGUAGCGUGUCACUGAUGCAGUAAUAACACAUUAGUGGUGCAUUUAUACUGAGUCAUCCACACACCGUUCUGCUUUAUCAGUUGUUCUGCAGUGCUUUCCAAAUGUCACAGCAUUAUUGCUGUCCUGCGCACUAUAGCACAACAGAAGCAGGACAAAGCAACAAGAACCCUGGAAAUACUAUGACAUAAAAGGUUUUAUGCACUGAUUGGAAACAGAGCAGGAUGCCCACCCUGUAAUCUUUGCAGGUCAAACAGUAUUGAAAGUGGAGUUGCGUAUAGCUAGCAUGAGCAUAAAUAAUCAAGAAUGCACAGUAAAAAGGAUUUAUGGAGGGUCUCUCUGUAUAUAUCACUACUAUGCCUUUCUUCUGAGCUUCCCAAAAGCAUCUAGUUGGCCACUUUUGGAAAUACAGAACUGAACUAGAUCAGUCUGGCCUGAUCCUGCAAGGCUCUUUUUAUGUUACUGUUUUCAAUGCAAUUGAGUAGCCUGUCUUAAAGCAACAAAACCAAAUGUUGCUAUCUUAAAUUUGAAGAGGGAAAAAAAGGUUGCUUAAAAACCAACAGCAAGCACCAGGGGAAAGCACAGAAAAGCGUUACAUUAUCUAAUGCCAGAUAUCACCUCUGUUAUUUUCUGUGGAAUAGGGAAUCCAAGGGCACAGUAAUUAUACGUGAAUCCCUCACGUGCAAUUUCAUCAGCCGCACACCCAGCCAGAAGAAGCGCACAUUGUCCUUGUUCCAAGAGUACCACCGAAACGUUUGAGCAGCGCUAUGUUCGGACCAAGGUCGCAAGAAUAGGCAGAUGGCAUAGAACCAGUUAGAAUAUUCGGGAGAGCUGGAGAGAAAGUCGACAGCCUCCUGAAGGGCUUAUGCCUUCAAACAGACAGUGGCUGAGGGCAGUUCCAGAUGUGAUAUUUUUCAGUGCAGUGAUAAUUUCUACACCGCAGCUUCUAGACAUGUCUGAUAGCAGCAGGAGAAUUUAUGACACUUAGGGUAUUCCCCCCCCCCCCAGGGGUUAUUCGGUAAGAUGAAUGACACUGAUCCAGGUGCCCAAAGUGCAGCGCUCUGACCAUUAAGCCAUACUGUCUGUCGCUGUGUGGAAGAUUAAUAGAUUACCUCUAUUAACAGAUGCUUAAGACAACACUGCACUCCAUAAAGCUGAGUCAGUACAGAAGCAUCUUUAUUUUUAGAAUUUUCACCUAGCAAUGCCAAGCAACAACAAAUACACCACAAGCUAUUGGUGUUUUCAAUGUGCUCUUUUUUUCUUUCCUUUUUAAGUGCCAUUUCUUCCAGUCUAGUUUAAACACCGUUUCCCUGAAGAUUCAUUAGUUUUAUGUAAUCUGGGGGAGGAGAAGGAGAGAGAGAAGUGAGGGUUGUAUAUGUUUUUCCUUGAAGAAUGCAAUCCUCUUUUUCACUUCUUAGUUCUUUAAAUAGGCCAAAGUAGAAAGGCAAGCCUCAAAAAUCACACAGAAGUCCAAACCUGGACUAAACAAAACAAAUAAAUUCAGCACAGACGGGAAAGAAAAUGGUGGCUAAAGGCGUAGGCUUUGAUGACAAAAUAGAUUUAGAAUUCAGGACUGUGUGUAUUACUGCGUUUCUUCACUGUUAGAUAAAACCAUAUUCCAUUUUCUGUGUGGCAAAGUUGUGGCGCGGCAAAUCCCCCUGUCGUUCUUUGUGUGCAUGUCUGUGCAUGCAGUUUUCCAAUAAAAAGCAUCUACCAGACCCAGAAAUAAUUUUAGAGACACGUAUCUUCUAGAGUGCCUUUUUGUUGCUGUUGAGAUGUUGUUAGUAAUGAGAAAUAUAAUGUGUCGAUAUUUUAUUAAUCUCUGAAGUGGGAUUCGUGCUUUGGGGUGGGGUGGGGCUUUAAUUAUUGCUGUCAGGUGUGUUUUGUACUGUUUGGUGCUUUCUAGUGUGUCUGAAAAAAAUAUACACAGCCCCUGCUGUGGCAGCUGUAAUAGCAAAAGCAUCAAAGAAAGAGGAAAACUCCAAGGCCGUGUAUAAGCCAAAAUGAUGGUAAUGCCAUUUCUAUCCUUUGCAAGUGUGCUAGGUAAAUAAUACACUCAUAAACCAUAUCUACAUAGGUAUUUAAUUAAAAUAUUAUGCCUGACCUUAGACUUUCUAGGUGAAGACCUGUAUUAAGCAGUAGCAUGUGUAGUGCCUUUUGAGGAACUGAUCACGCUCUUGAUGAAGAACAGGAGAUGGAAUCAGUCUUUUGUUGUUCAUAGAGUAUUGGGCUUGGGUUCAAAUCCUGCUCUGCCAUAAAGCUCACUGGGUGGGCAAGUGAAACAGGUACAGUGGUACCUCUGGUUAUGAACUUAAUUUGUUCCGGAGGUCCGUUCUUAACCUGAAACCGUUCUUGAUCUGAGGUACCACUUUAGCUAAUGGGGCCUCUUGCUGCCGCUACGCCGCCAGCGUGCGAUUUCUGUUCUCAUCUUGAGGUUAAGUUCUUACCCCGAGGUACUACUUCGGGUUAGCGGAGUCUGUAACCCGAGGUGUUAGUAACCCAAGGUACCACUGUAUUAGUUUCUGGUUAAUGAGCAGACUCCCCAGGGAUGCAGAAAUGUAGAAGAAGGGAUUAAAACAAACCUUCCAGAAAUAGCUUGAUAAGGUCUGAGCAUGCAGAGGGCCCACUAGAUUCAGUGGCAAAUCCCUGCUUAGAAUACAGUUGAAAUACAAUGAAAAUAAUAUAAACAAUUUGAAAAACCACUAAGCAGAAACCAACAGGUACCCAGAUAGAUGUGGCAGGGGCAGCCAUGUUUCUGCCCCAUUCAGACACAAACUGAGAGGGAGUGUGGAAAUUCUCCCCAACCCCACAAAAUUGUGAGGAUGAAAUGGGUUAGCCCCAUCUUAAGCCACCCUGAAGAUCUUGUGGGAAAUACCAAAUACAAAUACAUUUUAUAUUUACACAAUAUGUGUCAUUUCAACCAUCAUUUUGGAUAUUAAAUACACGCUUUUGCAACCGUGUGGUGUGCUGAACCCUAUUGACUUUUCCUGUAUGGUAUCUUUUUGUCUGAUGUACUCAAGUUUGUGGAAGCCAACAUGUAUGUUUAAAAAUGUGUGUUUGCUUUUAUCCUGGUUUUAAGUUAAAAGGGGGGGAAAUGAGACUAACAAAAUCUCUGUUAAAGCUGGCAACAAAAUUUAGAAGAAGCCUCUGUAGACCAUUGCUCUCCCCAAACACAUAAAAAUAACAAUUUUUGAUCAUUUUUCCAAACGUUGCAGUGGGGAAACUAGCUUAAUGUACCACCCUGAAUUUGGAAGUCUGAGAGGCUGAAAUUUCCAACAUGUUUUGGAUCAACAAGAAGCAUCUGAAAUACAUCCGGUCAACUUGCUUUAUAACUUAUCAAGUUUUUCCUUCCACACCAGCACCACCUUAAAAAAUAAACUACUACAGCAGAAUAAAAAGCCAGCUAGACACAGACUUUCUCAUUGUGCAGAAAGGCAUUGGGUAACAUUCAGACAACGCACUUGGGUUGGGUGUGCAACCAUCAUCCUAGGUCUUAUACAUCCUGAGUCUUGUCAUGUGGAUUUUCAAAACCUUCAUCAGCUAUUUAAAUAUAAUAAUAAUAGCGGCUUUAUUUUUAUUUUUUUAUAUAUCUUUAUUAAUUUAAAAUAUACAUUUAUGAAAAAACAGACGAACAAACAACUAAACAUAUAAUCAAACACAAAUAAUAGAAGAAUCAAACAAACAACCACACUAUAAGAUUAAUAUAACUAUCAUCAUUUAUACUCCUGGUACUGAAAGAAAUUACAAAACUUACAGAGAAGAAAAUUAAAAAUGACUUCCAAUUAAUCUCACUGUACUUUAUCUAUCCAUUACCUUAUACUGCACAGUUACAUAUUUUUUAUAUAGCAGCUUUAAAUAUCACUGAAAACAUUAUGAGAGUUGAAAUGUGCAAUAGUGUAAUAAGGUAACUUAAGAACGUGAGAGAAAACUUUGUUAUGUAACUUGAAAGAUAUUAUGCCCACCUCCUUUGAUCACUGACUGCCCUCUCGGAAGAGGAAUGGAUCUUUCAGGAAUGCAGGGAUGCCUCUGCGUAUCACAGAUGUGUUGAAUGGUUUAAACUGAGCCUACUGACGGCCAGCUCACAUACAUCCCUAACAUUAGAAACACCUUAGCAGUAAAGCAUUGUAGGUGGGCUCUUGAUUUGUGUCCACCACCAACCCAAUCACUUUUCAUUAAAGUAGCAGUGUUGGCUGAUUACCUGGGCUAGUUUCAAAUGACUUGGGUCACAUCUGGUUUACUGAAUUUCAAAGACUGCAGUCCGCCUUGCUCAGGGCUGAAAGGAAUACAGAGUUUUCCCCCUGAUUCUUCCCCAUCCUUCAGUAUCUCAGAAUUGGCCCAUCCUUCUAUUUUAUCCUUCUUAAGUCUUCACAGAGUAUACGUAAGGUGUCUUUGACAGGUAAUCUCCAAGGCAUAGACCUCUUUUUAGACUGCACUGAUGAGCAUGUGAUUGGGGCACGAGGCAAGCAGGUUAGGUUGGCUACAGAAGUUUACAUCUUCCGGAGCUUAAAAGAAUACAAAAAUCCACAACACCAAGAAUAAAAUGAUACCAAGUCGAUAGACCUUUUCACGAUUACCAUGCAGAGAGAGAAAACCGUUUCCGAUUUGAACAGCAACUUCCGCUUUUUAUUUUUCAGCAAAUUCAGCAAGGCUGAAUGGGAGAAGAAAAAGUUUGAUAAGGCCAUUGGGUAAGUAUGUAAUUCCAAGGUCGAAAGAUCUCUCUCCCCCUCCCCCUCACUUUCCAUACGCCCAUAUCCUCCACUGCUUUGAGGCACAGUCAACCUUCAUGCUCACUGGCAUCAGUUAUUCUUAACUACGGGGAUGGACAACCUGUGGCCCUCCAGAUGUCGCUGUAAAGCAUCUCCCAUCGUCCCUGACGAUGAGCAACAUCUAGAGGGCCACGCGUUCCUCACCCCAUGCUUAUCAUUGAAGUGGAGGAAUAAGGGAUUGGGGGCAUUACAGUCAAGCAACUCUUGGUUGAGCUUAAUGGGUGGGAUUCACCUAACGAACCCUGCCAAGGGAAGCUCUGCAGAAGCUUGUGCAGCAGGGCUUUCCCCCCUCCUCCUUCAUGCCCCCCAAAAAAAUUGGUUUGGGAGAGGGCGUUAGGAGAAUCCCAAAAACAGCAGCAGCAGCAGCAGCAGCACUGGUGGUGAAUCACUUUGCUCCGUCUCUCCUCAAGAAGACUUUAUUGAGCCCAAACAUCUGGAAAGUUCAAAGGGCCGUAGAGCUUUGUGGGCAGAAGGUCCCUGGUCAAACCCCCAACAUCCUCAGGGCUGAGAAGAACCUAUUUCUGAAACCACUGCAGGCUCUAGGGGUGGGGGAACUAGAUCUGGCUCGCAGGCCAGAUUCCUCAGUCCACCACCCUCCACAGCUCACGUCUGAUAGGUGAGCAGGGCCAUCCAGAACAGCGUCAGGUGACUGUAACUGCUGAUCAGCCUAUAGCAUCAGGCAUAGGGCAGGUGGGUGUGGUUUGUGAGGAGCAGCCUCGCAGUCCAAAUUGGGAUCAUUGGGCAGGGGUUGUUUUGUUUUGUUAUUAUGUUGCUUAUUUUUGUGUGUUUAUGCUGUAAACUGCCCUGUGACCCUCCCCCCAAAGGGUGGUACAUCAGUCCAUCAAUCAAUCCAUCAGCCUUCUGGCCAGUGAUUCCUCACCACUAGUGUAGAUAUUACUGAACUAGGUGACUCUGUGUAAGGCAACUUCAUGUGUUGGGGACUGUCAGUCAGGACCACCUGUAGUUGGUAUUUCCAUGCCGCCAUUUUCCUGGGUGUGACUGGUUAUCUCCAACAUCUUUUAAUCUCCACCCCCUGUUUCUUGCAGCUACUCUUUUGCUAUUGUUGGCAUUAAUAUCACAGACCUUGCGUACAACCUGCUUGUGAGCGGUGCUCUGAAAACACACUUCUACAAUGUUGCUCCAGAGGCUCCAACGUUAUCCCAUUUCCAACAGACAUUCUGUAAGUGUGUGUGUGUGUGUGUGUGUGUGUGAGAGAGAGAGAGAGAGAGAGAGAGAGAGAAUAAUUGUGUUUGUUGUGUUGAUAGCGUCCUUCCUUAAUUACUUCAUGUGAUCAGUUAUACAAAGCAUCGCUGGCAUUCCUUUGGUUAGAUUAUGUCCUUACAAUAAGUUUGACAUUUGUCUGGGGAAUGAUCCAUUUUGUGGGACAACUGGUAAUCUCAAACCAAAGAAACUUUUUCCAUGUUUCCGUUGCAAGCUUUGACUAUGUCCUAACAACCAAAUUCCUGUCAACAAAAUUACUGUACCGUGUCAUAAUCUGUUUCUCUUCUUUCCUGAUACUGUCAUUUAUCUUGUCUUAGUGAUUUGUUUUCCUUUUGAAGUUAUUUCAUUUCAUUUUUCUCGUUUGUAUACCGCCUUUCUAUAUUACCAUGCUUGAGAUCUGUGAAUAAAGGGUGGUAUACAAAUUUAACUUCUUCUUCUUCUUCCUAUUAUUAUUAUUAUUACUGUACACAAGGCGUUUUGUAAGCUGAAGGAAGAACAAAAUAUACAACAAAGAUUGCACACCUUAUAACAAUCUGGUCCGAUACAAAAAAAGUCAUAAUAAAAACAUAACAUUAAAAUAAAUGGCUUAUAUCAAAUUAAGUAAUAUUCAGUAAUCCAUCAGAAUAUAAUGGACAAUAAAACUACCGUAUUUUUCGCCCUAUAGGACGUACUUUUUCCCCUCCAAAAAUGAAGGGGAAAUGUGUGUGCGUCCUAUGGGGCGAAUGCAGGCUUUCGCUGAAGCCUGGAGAGGGAGAGGGGUCGGUGCACACCGACCCCUCUCACUCUCCAGGCUUCGCGGACCUCUCCGCAAGCAGCGGGAGCCCGUCGCUGGGCUCCCGCUGCUUGCGGAGAGUUGCCUGCAUGCUGAAGCCUGCCCGCGCUGAGCGAUGGGCUCCCACGGCUUGCAGAGAGCUGCCUGUUUGGGGGCUGGGGUCGGGGGAAGCUCGGGCUUGCCCCGCCCCAGCCCUGCGCCUGGGGGGGAAAUAAUUUUUUCCCCCUUUAUUUCCCCCCCCCUAAAAACUAGGUGCGCCUUAUGGGACGGUGCGUCCUAUAGGGCGAAAAAUACGGUAACUCUCAAAAUAUCAGCAAAUAAUAAGUAAACAGAAAUUCACUUUUAACAAUUACAGUAUAUUUUCCCUACUUGAAUGCCGGCAUAAUCCCCAUUCCCAAGGACUCUCUUCCACUAUGAAUCUCUAUGUCACUUUGAGACAGAAAGAGAACUGUCUGGGGGCCCUGAAGAGCAACAUGGGUUUUGCAGAACCCUCCCUGGUAGAGAUUAAAAGAGCCUGUGUUCAACUUAAAAUGCAGCCCCAGAUUAAAAAUUAUUUAUUAAAGAAGCAGGACGGAAACAUCCAAAGGCGCCUUAGAAAACUCAUAUUAUUUUUUUCAAAGUUUAAUGAACACAUUUGUUAUUUUUCAAGAACACUACAAUAUAAAGGCAUGAAGGCAUAUUUAAGAUGGAGGGGGAAAUUUAAUGAAUCCAAAAUAAUGGCUGCAUUGUCUAAUUAAAGUUUAUAAAAUGUAAUAUCCUUCAGAUGACCUAUUUAUUGAGCAUUCGUCUUGAUUUGCUUGUACAUAGCUUACAUGGAGGUUAGAUUAUAUCCAGUCUUCAUUGAGCAUUUGCUCUGAUUUAUUUGUGGGGCGGUUAUAUGAAAACGAGCAUUCAUUCUGUUUUGCCUGUCCUGUGUUUAUACAUCUUCCUGUCCAUUCCCUACUUUGCAAUACAUUUUCCUCUGACUCUCCCAAUUGCAGAAAUGUUACUUCUUUAUUAAAGUGGAUUUGUUGUGUUGGGGCAGCGGAGUGCUUUAAUCCACUUUAAUUACAGCAGACCUAAAUUUCCCAGGUGCUACAGUAUGUGUAUAAAAGCAAAUAAAUAAAUAAAUGAUGCUGCAUUUUUUAAAAAAGUUGCACCCUACAGCCAGUGCUUUUUUUCUGGGGGUACACAGGGGUACGCAAUACCCCUAAACAUUUUGUGAAUCUUAAUAUUCCUACUCAAUAUGAGUAGGAAAAUGAGAGUACCCCUAAACAUUUUUAAUAGAAAAAAGCACUGCCUGCUACAGCCAUCACAGCUACUCCAUCCCAUACACCCUUCCUUCACUGUGAUUCUCGUGUUGAGCCAAGUGAGAACUUGCAGCUUGUGUUUUGGCAACAGCAGUGGUGAAAGGAGCACCAGACUUUUCCCCGAAUCCUAGAUGUCCCACCAGAAGUAGAGAGAGGAGCUCUUUCGGCACUAUUGAACCUUGGAAGCCCCCUCUCCCCCAAUUCUCCCCUCCCAGAUUGCUGAGCGCCAUUUCAGCUGGGGCGAUGAAGCAAUUUCAGUUCAUCACAGCUUCCUCUAACAAGGAGAUCAGCACUAAUAGUGAAGAAAUGGCAUGUAUGCACACCUACGGACAAGUUUUCUGUUUGUUUCUUAUCAGAACAAAUCCUUUCUGAACCUUAGAGAAUUCAAAACUCGUUUGUGGCAUUGGAACACUUGAGUUUUGACUGGCCAGUGACACAUCUCACCCACGAGGUGGUGCUGCUCUAUUUGCACAGGCAAUAAAUGCUGUUUGAUUUGAGUCUUCGUACACUGUAUGUCCCUCUAUUCCGUUCCCUGCUCCUUCUUGCAGUGACAUGACCCUGAUUAGUUGCAGAGCACCUGGGCUCAGAAGGGGCAACAUUAUUUUCUAGGGUGUUCUCAAAAAUUAUAUCCUAGCACUUCAUAGCCAUGUGUGUAAUAUAUCUUCCCAGCCAUUCUCCAAAUUUUUCAGAAGGCAAGUUCAUUGUUAGGGUUAAAAGCUACCCCAGGCAAUCUUUUGAGGUUGUGAAUGAGCAGGAACUUGAACCCAGGAAAUAGUCUUAUUGAGGCCAUUGCUCAAUGCAGCAAUUCUGUUGCUGCUUAAUGUAUACUGAUUAUUAGUGCUGCCCGUUGUGUGAUAUGCUGCUGUUUCCAAUUGCAUAAUUUGUUUUGCAACAGUUGGAUUUUUGUGCUUAUUUUUUGUUUUAUAUCUGUAAGCUGCUUUCCGCAACUUCUUAGUCAAGGGGGAAAGUGGGGAAUGCUUUUUAAAAAACAAGCAAUAAAAUACCCACUUUGCCAACCAAACACAGGUGGCGCUGUGGUCUAUACUGAGCCUCUUGGGCUUGCUGAUCAGAAGGUCGGAGGUUUGAAUUCCUGCGACAGGUUGAGCUCCCGUUGCUCUGUCCCAGCUCCUGCCAGCCUAGCUGUUCGGAAGCACACCAGUGCAAGUAGAUAAAUAGGUAUCCCUGUGGCAGGAAGGUAAACAGCAUUUCCAUGCGCUCUGGCUUCUGUCAGAGUGUUCUGUUGCACCAGUAGUGGUUUAGUCAUGCUGGCCACAUGACCUGGAAAACUGUCUGUGGACAAACGCCGGCUGCCUCAGCCUGAAAGCAAGAUGAGUGCCACAACCCCUUAGUCACCUUUGACUAGACUUAACCAUCCAGGGGUCCUUUACCUUUUUUUUACCUUGGUAUGUCACUAAUUUAAAGCAGGAAUGGAUCGUGCAUGGCUUGGGAUGCCGGGGGGCGGGAAUUCUGUUCAGGUUACAUUUAAAGGCAAACAAAGCAAAUCCAUUAAUUUAUUCACAGUGUUCCUACAUUACUUAAACACUGCUGUGUACUUGUUCCUCGGUUUCCACUCGCUGAGUUCAGUUGAGGAGAUAAGCCACAGAUUUUACAUUUAAAAAAAAAAAAGACUUCCCCAGGCAACGUGUCAGAAUUGCAGCGAGCUCUUGUUUGUGUGGCAAUGAUAGCUGGACUCAUUUGGCCUUGCAAUUAUCAGGUCAAAUUCAGGCUGUCUUUGCACUUGCCCGUUUCCCCUUGGCUUUUAUUGUGCCUGAUCGUGUGGAACUCAGCCACCCUCCUCUGUACAGAAGCAGCAUUUCUGACACUCCAGGCAAUGUAGUCAGUUGGACUGCUCUUCCCUAUUUAUCUGAAACUAAUUGAUAUGCAAAGCUGGUGCACAACUCCAAAAUGGAAUACGCACAAGCUUUACGAGAGUAAGAAAUACAUAACAAUUCACCAAUUUCUGGAAACAUCAGUUUCCUUCUUUCCUAUACCUGGAUAUUUGUUUGCAGUUUGGGAAAUCAUGUUCCGGAGCCACUGGAAAAUGUAUUGGCAGGUUAAUUGUAUUUCCUUCCCCCCCAAUUCAUCCUUUGGACAUUUUAGUUAUAUGGGGAAUGGUAGCUGACGUAGAAGUGAAAUAAGAGACUGCAAGGCUGCACCCCCAGGUUUUGUCCCACUUUUUGAAAAGAUGCUCUUCCACAUUGUAUUUUAAACUCCACAAGUUCAAAAAGCACGGUGGGGAUUUUGCAAGAAAAGCAGUUUAGGAUACUGCUGUGGAUUUUGCCAAUUGGGUUUUCUUUUAAGCUUCUCUUGUGCUAUUGGAGAGGGCACUGUUUGGGGACAGCUUUCGAUUGCAAGCUCUAUACUUGGGAAUUUAUUUUGAAAAUUGCAAGGAAGCAUAUUUUGACCAAACAUUGGGAUCUGGUGGAAGGUAGAAGAGACCAGCCUUGAGAGGACAUGUGCUCUUCUUUCGCUGGAGGUAUUUUAGCCAAGUUUGACCAAACUGCAGGAGGCAGUGGAAGACAGGAGUGCCUGGCGUGCUCUGGUCCAUGGGGUCACGAAGAGUCGGACACGACUAAACGACUAAACAACAACAACAACAAAUUUUAGCCAAGCUGUAAGGGAUGUUGGAGCUGCAUUGUGCUUUGCAUGACCCUUGCCAAGCAAUGUUAUUGAAGUUUCUAAAUGUCUUAAAUUAUUGUUAAUUUUUAUUAGCGAUAAUUUUUAUUGUUUUUAGCUUUUUGGUAAAUCGUGUGAGCUUUGUAAACUGCGCUCGAGCGACUUAUAAAUUUUUAUGAAAUAAAUAAGGAAGCAGGUGCCAAAAGUUAAGGAAGACAGGAGAGGACCAACCAUAGGCUGGCCUAGAAAUUGGCACUGAAGAAGGCUUCAAAGGCAGAUAGUAUCAAAUAAUGCAGGGGCAGAAAAUGAAUGGGGACCCUGUGAGAUGAAUGGGGCUGUGAAACAGAGAGGAGAGGAGGACAGGAGUGAGGACUGCGGUAGGAGAAGCUAGGAAAAGGGAGGCUGGGUUUGCUCUGCUUUCUAACCAUUUGACUCGGGUAUCCUUUGCUCUCUCAGGCUAUCUGAUGCACGAAUUCCAUAAAUUCUGGAUUGAGGAGGAUCCCCUGGACAUCAUGGAAUUCAACCGCGUGCGAGAGAAGUUCCACAAGCGCAUUCUCAAACAGCUCCAGAAUCCGAAUAUGGCCCUCUGCCCUCACUUCGCUGCCUCAGAAAGCCUGAUCAACCUGUAGCCGUGAAACUUGGUUUGGUUUUUUGAAAACACUGCCUCAUUCUUGUGUUAUGCCACCAUCCUAGAGAUAAAUCGCUAAUGUAUUGAAUGACCAUAGCGAUGGUAUGCAUGCUUCUUGGUGCAGUAUUCAUCUCUCUCGCCAGCUCUCUUUUUCCAGCCAGCUCCUCAUACUGCUUCUUCUGAGGGGGGUGGUUUUGUAAUAAAGUUGGGAGAGCUCAUAUUGUGGCAUUUUGCAGUGUUAAGACAUUAUGAAUUGAUGUCCUGUAUGAAGAAGUUUGGUUUCCCCCCCUGGUUUUUUUAGAUUUUCCCCACCACUCUCCUUGUGCCACCCCAUAAUUCAGCAUUUAAUUAAAAAGCAGCAUUUCUCUAGCUGUUGGGGGUGUUUUGUAUAUGUGGAAUAUUUGAGUUGAAAAUUUGUAUUUGUGGACUGCUUUUGUUCUAUGAUAGCUAAGAACGUUGGUUUUUUAAUUAAAAAACACACAUUAUGAUGCAGCUAAAGGGGAGUACUUUUAAAGGUCCCAUUCCCAGUGAAAUCAGCGAGGCUGAAAAGCACUUAACUUCAGCUGAAUUGUGUCCUGUUUUUGUACAAUAUUUAGAAGGCAGUGUAUGUGACUUGCACCUCAUGCCAACAUAGUACAUUGAAGAUGAAGACUUUUUCUCUCUCUCUCCAAGCAACCAUGCAUGUUUCAUGCAGUUUUUUAAAAAAUAAAGUUUAUGAUUAAAAUGUGGCAUACGCAGGACAUGGGAUGAAUUCUGGCAACCUGUGUGCUGAGCAAGUUUGAGAACACUGACCACAUUGUGAUAGCAAAGACCAAAAAAUAAAUAAAUACACCAAUUAUUACAUGAGUAUCCAAGAAGGGUUUGUUUUCUCACAAGUUUGCAUUAGCCUACAGUUCAGCCUGCUCCUGUUAUCAUGGCCAAAUUGAAAUAGCACUGCUUUGAAAACGCAGAGCUAAUAACAUGCAUUUCUAGGUGACAGAAUGUGACACAAAUUGAUCAUGUGUGUGCUUGAUUGCUUUAGGGGGGACCAAAACACACACACACACAAAUCUAUAUUUUCUUCAUUUUUGAAGUAUUGAAUUUUAGGCCGAGAGGAAUAAAUUAACAAAGAGGCAUCGAAGAAAACAAAGUAACUGGCGGUUAAGCAUUGGACAAAGCGACUUUUUUUAAAAAAAGCAAACAUUCACUUUCUGUACGGAACAUUCUCAUGUCAACCCUGUUGGAACAAUUAGCUAAUGUACAUAUGUAUACAACAGUGCUCAUGCGCACAUUUGGUUUGGGUGGGGAGCGGGGCCUGCAGAGGAGCAUUCCCUGUCGGAUUGUGACCAGCACCUCUGACACCAUGUGUAGCCUGUAUCAAAUCGUAUUUACCAUGGCACUUCAUACCCAUGGUAGCUUUUUACCUUCUGAAGUUUAGUAUUCCGGGUAGUUUGUGAAGUUGCUUGCCUAGCAAGAUUAAAUUUGAGGUAUUGCCUAAUUAUUUGUGGAUUAUAUGAAUAAAUUACAUCACUCCAAACAGGAA